ACCUCCUCAGACACUCCUGGGUGACUAAGUUUCCCUAUCUUCUAACUGGUUCCGCUCUCUCCCUUACUUCUCUAUGGGAGAGAACUUCGUCUCUAUGAGUCCUGUCCACUGUCUAUCCCGUUUCCCCAUCUCGCUUGUUCCGGUACACACAGCCAGCGAGCUACACAUCCAUAAACAUAGCCACGCCGCUCUCUCGUUGUUUCAUCUCUUUGGUUCCGGUGCCGCUCUAGGACAGCCGUCUUGUUUCCGUGCGCUAUAGACAAUCAGUGCGCAGUUCUUUCAGUCUACUUCCUGUCUGUGCCAGUCUAGCCUCCCGAGUUCUAUAGUUCCGGCCGGUGCCGCUCUAGCCUCCCCGCUCUAUGGUUCCGCUGUAGCGAUUCGGUUCCUGUCACAGUGCAGCGCUCCAGGUCCCGCUGUACUCCCCCCUCGGUUCCCCAGGACGCACAGCACAGUCAUGGCCGCCGCCCGCAGGUCCCGCGCUGACUCCCGCUGCGUCCUGCGCUUCUCCGACCGAGAACUGUGCUGAACCCCGGGAGCGGCCGACUGCGCUCAGCAUGGUGAGCCCGUUACACGGUGACCGUGAGAGCAAGCGACGGCCUGUCCGCCCGCACUGGGGGGGCUCGGCUUACACUGUGACCGUUACACUCACUCACUCACUCAGUCUGUAACAUCCGUGGGAGCAGGCUCUCCACACCGUUUCAUAUACCGUGUAUGGGGUAUGGUGUAUAGUGUAUGGGGUAUGGGGUAUGACAGUGAUGGAGAACCUUUCUGAGCCCGAGUGCCCAAACCGCAAUACAUGCCAACUUUUUUUUCCCCCCUUAAAGUGCCAACACAGCAAUUAAACCUGAAUACUGAGGUUUAAGUUUAGGAAAAAAACACUUGAACAGUUGUCAUAACUAGGAAUUAUUAGUGCAGUGUAAGUGACAAAAGACUUGUACCAGUAAGUGGAGCGCUUUAACACAUAUAGCUUACCAAAUGGUUUCUCAUUCAAUAAUAGAAUAUAAGGUGCAUGCCGAGAAAAAAAAUAUAAAAGAUACAAGAUAGUGCAGACGGUUUUAAGAUAAUAAAAUGAUAUUUGAAUUAGAGUGGUGGUGUCUUGAUAAAUGGAACACUCACAUUUUAGGGAGCCUGUAUGUAAGAACACUGGCUCCGUAUUUUGGCUUGUGUGCUUUUAUUGGGUAGCACCGCCCGUCUCCUUUGAUUUAGGGUGUUUCUCAAAGACAAAAAAUAGGAGAAGCAGACCAAUGUGUAGAUGGUGUUUAGAAAACGCAAUAUUUAUAGAAAUAAGUGGUGUGCUCACCUGGUCCUGAGCCUGUGGGUCCCGGCUCUAGUUAUAUGGGUAUUGUACCAAUUUGAAUGGGGAUGGCACUACCCCUGGGAAGAUACUCUUGAGGUUUCCAAAAAAGGACUUAAAAGGAUCUUAAAUGAAAAGUAAUACAUUUAUUCAAGUAUAAAACAAAAGUAAAAACAAUGAUUGUAAAAAGUCCUUUAAAAAAAAAUAAAUAAAAGCACCCAAUAAAAGCACACAAGCCAAAAUACGGAGCCAGUGUUCUUACAUACAGGCUCCCUAAAAUGUGAGUGUUCCAUUUAUCAAGACACCACCACUCUAAUUUUAAUAUAAUUUUAUUAUUAUCUUAAAACCGUCUGCACUAUAUUGUAUCUUUUAUAUUUUUUUCUCGACAUGCACCUUAUAUUCUAUUAUUGAAUGAGAAACCAUUUGGUAAGCUAUAUGUGUUAAAGCGCUCCACUUACUGGUACAAGUCUUUUGUCACUUACACCGCACUAAUAAUUCUAAGUUUGUUUAGUGGAAUAGAGGAUACUUCCACAUAAGUGUAUUGAGCAGCUUGGAAAUCACCGUAUCUGUAUAUAAACACUCUGUUAUACACAUUCCUCUGUAAAAGGAGGUAUUCUUUGAGUUGUCAUAACUAGUUAACAUCUUUUGUUUUAAAAGACGAACACAACAGAGAGUUCAAUGAUAAAAAUUUUAAAUAAGGAUAUAAAUAGAUAAAAUGAAGCUUAUAUUUAUUAGUAUCUCCAACAAAUGCAAUGCAUAACACAGACAGCUGAACACAUUCACACACCGACUGCUUAAUACAUACACACUCCGACACACAGACAGACCCCUAAAUACACACACACAUACACUGCUGAAUACACACACAUACUGCAUUGAGGGGUGCAGUUUAUGUGUUUGUGUGUAAGGGUGUGUGGGGGGGUAGGGGUGUUGUGUUGGGAAGGGGUAGAGGUGCUGUGCUUGGGGGAGAUGUAGGGGUGCUGUGUUGGGAGGGGUUUGAAGGUACAUUAAAGACAGGAGAGCUGCUUCCUUGAUCCCUCCCCCCUGCUUCCGGUCCUGCCGACAAGAAAGCAGAGUAGGUGCCUGCCAUUUUGGGCAGACAGCUGCCAACUCUGCAUUGAUGGUGAACCUGCGGCCGCGUGCCCACAGAGAGGGCCCGGCGAACCACAGGUACGCCAUCACUGGUGUAUAGUGUAUGGUGUAUACCGUAUAGUGUAUACCGCAUAGUGUAUACCGUAUGGUGUGCCGGCAUGUUAAUCCAGAUUAUGUCACAGUUUGUGCUAGUUGUGUUUUCUUACACAUUACAGCAUGCAGAAUUAAUCUCAACAAUUGUUUAGUGUCUCCUUUUUCCUAUGAUGACUGCCAGCAGUGAGCUAAGACAGGAGGUGCUGCAUGAUAAAGACAAGUCAAUAACUAUAGUUAAUUUUUCACAAUUAAAUAUUUGUUAAAGAUAGUGGCAAGUAAACAUGAUAAAAAAUACUAGGAUGAACUGGCACAUGUGCACAACAUGUAUUUAAUUUAGUUAUGAUUAUAGGUAUUGGAAACCUCUACUCCCAAGUGCUGAGACUUAAAAGUUAAGCAUUACUACCAUGUCCCAUUCUGUAUUAUACUUUAGUAAUGCUUCUUAAUAUCUGCAACGAGAUUAAAGGGUCACUAUAGUCACCAAAACAACUUUUAGCUUAAUGAAGCAGUUUUGCUGUGUAAAUCGUGCAUUUCUCUGCAAUUUAGGAGUUAAAGGACCCCUAUAGGAAGCAUCUCUAGUGGCCGUUUGAGUGACUGCCACUAGAGGUGUUCCUAGGCAGCAAUGUAAACACCGCCUUUUCUCUGUAGGGACAGGCAGUAGACAUUAGAACCACUACAGUAAGAUGUAGUUGUUCUGGAGAUUACAGUAUCCCUUUAACAAAAAAGCUUAAGAUUAUUAUUUAGUAUUUUGCUGGAUGUUGAUAGUUGAUGUUUUAUUGACCAUUAUAAUGAAGCAAUGUGAUUAAUUCUAAAGUUCAAAAUUUUGGCAAAUUUCAGUUUUAGAAUUAAGCCCCAGAAACCUUAAAAUGGUUAUUUACGUGUAAGCAUUAUAAAGUGAAAACUGUAAGCAACUUAAAGGACCACUAUAGUUCCAGGAAAACAUACUCAUUUUCCUGGCACUAUAGUGCCCUGAGGGUGUCCCCACCCUAAGGGUCCCCCUCCCGCCCGGCUCUGGGGAGAGGAAUGGGUUAAAACUUACCUCUUUCUCCAGCGCCGGGCGGGGAGCUCUCCGCCUCAUCUCCUCCCUUUCGUCUGAAUGUGCACGCGCGGCAAGAGCUGCGCGCGCAUUCAGCCAGUCUCAUAGGAAAGCAUUUAAAAUGCUUUCCUAUGGACGCUUGCGUCUUCUUACUGUAAUUUUCACAGUGAGAAUCACGCAAGCGCCUCUAGCGGCUGUCAAUGAGACAGCCACUAGAGGAUUUGGAGGCUGGAUUAACCCUAUUAUAAACAUAGCAGUUUCUCUGAAACUGCUAUCUUUAUUAAAAAAGGGUUAAUCUUAGAGGGACCUGGCACCCAGACCACUUCAUUAACCUGAAGUAGUCUGGGUGCCUAGAGUGGUCCUUUAAGUCACUUUUGUUUCUGUUAAUGCGGCACUAGUCACACCUUCCCUGGCUGACUGACUGACUCAUCCUGUAUGAAAACAAAAUGGUUACAUUUUCUACCAGAUAUAACUUAUUUUAUAAUAUUGUAUUUCCUGCUCUGAAAUUGUACUUUAAUUGCAUACAGGAGGCUCCUGUAUAGUCUAGCAAGCUAUUAACUGAGCAGGAGAUAUGAAAUUCUAAAUUAAACAGAAUUUGCAAUAAAAGGAAGUGUAAACAUUAGAUGACUCUUUACAUGAAGUGUUUAGGAUGGCUGUGCAAGUCACAUGCAGGGAGGUGUGACUAGGGCUGCAUAAGCAAAAGUGAUUUAACUCCUAAAUGGCAGAAAACUGAGCAGUGACACUGCAAAGGCAUGAUCUACACACAAACUGCUUCCGUAACCUAAAGUUGUUUUGGUGACAGUAUUGUCUCUUUAAAAACCUGCACUGCAUAAUGUCAUAGACCUGGGGUAGGCAACCUUUUAGCAGCACUGUGCCGAUAUAGGAUUGUGAUGUCCCGUAGCGUGCCGGUCCUAUUUUUUUUUAUUUUUAAUUUUUUUUAAUUGAGGUGUGUAUGCUGCCGUAUUCUGCUUGUGUUAUUUAUACUGUAAUUGCUUUGUAUCGUUGUAUUUUUGCGUAUAUGAGCUAUUAUAUUGUAUAUGUUCAUGAGUAGAUUGUGGUAUAGUGUAUGAUACAUAUGAAUGUGGGCUGUGUAUGGGGGCAGCUUGUGGAAUUGUGUGUGUGUGUGGAUGGAUAUGUCACAUUGUGUGUUUGGUAGUGUGUGUAUGUGUGGGGGCUGUUUGGGGUAUACCAUGUGAGAGGCUGCAUGUGGGGUUGUGUGCAUGUAUGUGGAUUGUUAGUGGUGUUGCGUUUGUGCAGAUUGUGUGUAUGUUUGUACAGAUUGUGUGUAUGUUUGUGUGUGGGCUGUCUGUAUUAUUUGUAUGAGGGGAGGGUCUGUCUACAUUUCUGUGUACAUCUAGAAGUGUGGGUGGCUUCCCUGGGUUCCAGUGGGGAACAGGCCAGCCAGGUACAGGUCAAGGAGAGGAGCAUGCAGAAAUUGAGGAUUGUCCUUCACCAUCUCUUCGUAUUAGCAGAUACUGGGACUUCUGAUAGGCCAGAGCCUGUUUGGCUCUAGCAGCCUUGAGUGCUGUGCAAAGGCACCUCGAGUGCCGUGCAUGGCACUAGUGCCGUAGGUUGCCUACCCCUGUCAUAGACCAUUAUGUGGUCCUUAAAGGGACACUGUAGGCACCCAGACCACUUCAGCCCAUUGAAAUGGUCUGGGUGCUAACUCCCAUCAGUCUUAACCUGAGCAUGUAAUUAUUACAGUUUUUAAAAACUACAAUAAUUACCUUGCAGGGUUAAGUCUUCCUCUACUGGCUGUCUACCAGACAGCCACUAGAGGAACCUCCGGUCAUCCAACCCAGUCCUAAUGGACCACCAAUAGUGUAGGAUUUAUGUAUUUCCCUGUUCUAUUCCAAUGGAGAUACUGACUUAACCUGGGUUGGGGCCUUGGUCUAAACUAUGCUGACUUCCUCACGCUAUUCAUGAGGACUUCCAGCGUCGCCAGAAUCCUUUCCUAUUGGGAUAUCCUAAUGUCAGUGUGGGCAUGUGCAAUAGGUCACCCCCACCGGCUGGGGAGGCGCAUGGGUGGAGCUGAGCCAAUGCUGAGGGACAUCGGUGCUGGACCCAGGUAGGUGACAGAAUGGGUUAUUAAUCCCUUCUGCACCACAGGAGUGGGCCUUGACAGAAGGGGAAGCUUCAAUGCCAGGUAAAAGAGUUUUUCCUAGCACUUUAUUUUCCCUUUAAGUGGUUAAAUCUAAUAACAUUUUUGUCGUAUAAAGUGAUAGCAAAGAAACCAUGUGAACAGGACUGCUACAUUUAAUUUGAAUAGUUGCGUGUGAAAUAAUCCUUUUAUUUUCAGAGUUGAUUGUAUUGAUUAGAGAAUAAAACAUGCUGGGAAGCUGGGCUGUAAUUAUCACUGUCUUUUAGUUAGAUUUUUCUACACAUGAAUAGAAACAAAAGUUUGUUGUGUUCAACUUCUGUAGCAGAUACGGCAAGUUAUUUCACACUAUUUGCUAGUUUCUAUAGGUACAAGUUGAUUGUAGCUGGAACAACAAUUACAGAACCGUGUUAACUGCACAUAUGUAUCUCCAAAUAUCAAACACUGACAGGGUGAUAAGUUACUAGUGGAGCAACCUCCUGACCCCGUUGAUUGUUUAUUCAAGCAUUAACAUCAGAGCUAAAAGUUGAUGUAUUUUACUGUUAAAUAGUAAAUGUCUACAGGGAAGCUUAUAUCUCUAUGUAACAGCUGGUGCUGAAUCAUAGGCAUUUUAGGCCUACGAUAUUUAUAGUUCUUCCUAAUCUGCUUGUAGGUAGUAUAUAUUGGUUGUGGUAUUUCUUCCAGUGAAAUGUAAAACUUGGCAGCCUCCCAGACUGCAUAAUAUUCUGCAGUGUGCUGUGCUAUCCUCUUUAUCUGUAAUAGUAACAUGCUGAUACUAUUUAUUUACAGAAUUUCAAUGGCAUGAAUAUCAUUGGAGUGGUCUGGGUGCCAACUCCCACUACCCUUAACCCUGCAAGUGUAAAUUUUUUAAAAACUGCAAUAAUUACCUUGCAGGGUUAACUUCACCUCGAGUGGCUGUCUACUACAGGGCACUUACUGGUCCAUAGCACAGAAAACCUGUGCUAGAGCGUUGCUGGACGUCCUCACACUGUGUGAGGACCUCCAGCAUCGCUCAAUUCCCCAUAGGAAAGCAUUUUCAAUGCUUUCCUCUGGAGAGCUCUAAUGCGCAUGCUCGGCAUUGCCGCACAUGCGCAUUAGGUCUCCGGCCGGUGGGAUCAGUCUCGCCCACCGGCCGACGCAAUGAAGAGGAGGAGCGGCGGCGACCCGAAACCACCGCCAAGGGACAUCGGCGGGGGUCUCAGGUAAGUGACUGAAGGGGUUUUUACUCCUUCAGCAACCGGAGUUUGGGAGGUGGGAGGGAGAGGGGACCUGCAGUGCCAGGAAACUGUUUUCCUGGCACUGGAGAGUCCCUUUUAAUAAAGUUUUCAAAUAAAGCUAGAAUCUCUGUGCUGGUUUUUAUGCCUUGUCCGACAUUGCUGCCUUCCAGUCAAAAGCGUUCGGAAGGCAUAGAGUGCAAAUGAAUCACACGCAAUGGAAGGAGGAGGGUAGGGAGCAGCGUACCAAGAGAUGGAAUGGACCAUCAACCUUCCUUUGCAGCCGGCAAGGCUAGAAGCUAACCACAUCUGUAUGCGUUAAAGACAAAAUAUUCACAGAAUUAACAUUUACUUCAGUUUACGUCCACCCAGCCUCCAUACCUUUGGGAGAGCUCGAGUGGAUCCUUUCCCUGGGGUCCAGUGUGGCUUCUGUCAUCUUCAUGCUUGUGGCGGAACGCCUGGCACCCUGACCGGGUGCCUCCGCCAGUCGAUGCUCCCUAGUGCUCACCGAGGACUUCCAGCCCUCCACCAGACACCAUCAGCACCGUAGUCCCCACGUCCAGCAUUGCAGCUUGGCUGGGAACUUGCCGUCCUCCACCCACCGAUACCAGGAUCCAGCUUCCAGUGUGUGAACCUCUCCUACUCCAGAGAGUAAAGCAGGAACAGCUCUUAUAAGAGCUAGUGAUUAUAACCCAGGGGAGCAUUGUGAUAUAGCAAUCCCCAGGGUAGAUACAGCCAUUUCCCCAACACAUGAGAUGAGACUCUAUGCAGGUGUCAGGGGUGGUGGUCCGGUGACCAGGACCCAGUAUGCCUGAUCUUGAUAGGAGUCACUUUGUGGAAAUGGAUUAUCAGGGCCUGGUGCAGAGUAACCACACGCCCCCUGGUGUUGAGCACUAGCGUUUGUGCAGCCACAUACCAGGGCACUGUGCAGCUUCUGCGGAUCCCAGGUGCCAGAUUACAAUAUGCAGACCUCCCAGGAUCUGAAUAGGGAGGAUCUGCAGCAGAUAUGAAUCCAGUACUAGAAAAAAGGCAAGACUAGAACAGGCACUAAAGAAGAUAGCAAGACAAGACUAGAAGAACCCAGCACCGGAGAAGGACAGAAAGCAGAACAUGUACACAAUACAUAAAGGAAACAUGAACAGGACAGGACUGUACAUAAUCUGGGAAUACAAGACAAAAGAAAACAAGACAAGAAAUACAAGGCAAAACAAGGAGAAAUAACGAAGUACUAAUAUGUGCAAUAAACAUUGGAGAUUUAGACCUACAUAAAUGGCCAAGAUGUAUGCAGCCCACCACUGUGCCAAAGUACUCCAAUUAUGAUGGAUCCUAACUGCCUAGAUAUGCAUGCCUAAAUAAACAAUAAUAAAACACACACAGCACUUACCUGCAAAGAAAGGAGCAGAAGUAAUGAAACCACUGCUUGCAGGUCCAGACUGAAACAAAAAAGGAUUAAUGGGAAAGAAACGGGUGUGGCAACAAGAACCAAACAUUAAAAGGAAUCCAAGAGACUGGGAAUUCCAGGAACGGAAUAAAGGAAUGAACCCAGAAAACCCAGCAUAAAGUAAACCAGACAUUGGAAUUGAGAACCAGAAAAACCAAGAAAAACUAAACAAGAAUUGUAAAAAGAGUACCAGAUACCAGAAGCCAUUGCCAGAAAUGAUCCACAGCCAGAAACAGAACUCAUUUAAUGGGAGCCACAACUUGCCUUGUAUGCAAGUCCCCAUGCACGGGGCACUCCCCCUUGGACCUGAGAGUAAACCACAGUAAAAACAAUUACACAACCACAUUGGCUCUCAGAUCCAGGACACCCCCACACCUAAUAGAUCAAUCCCUCCUCUGUACCAUGGAGAUAGAGUCAAGCACUAUACUAAACUCAAUUAUCUCCAAACACAAAAAAACAUUUUUAUAAAAUUCCCAAAAUACCUUUAAAACAUACAAAAUGAAUGUUACAUCCCCUGAUAGGUAGUUAAAAAAACAAAUAAACUACCGAGCAGAGUCAGUGUUGUUAUCCUGGAGCUUGUUCCCCUCAUCCAGAUGAACGAUUCCACUGAAUAGUGCCCUUCUAACUUUUAUAGAACUGAACGCAGGCGGUGAUGGAAGUCCAGUGGUGUUCGGGAGUUUCUGUGCCCGAUUUUAGUUCCAUGAGAUUCAUGCCCACUGUAUAUUAUUAUUAUUAUUUCUAUAGCACCAACAAAUUCCAUAGCGCUGUACAAUAUUAAAUGUAAUGUUUUUAAUCAAUAUGACUUAAACUAAAGUACAAAAUGCUUAUAAUUUUCCUAACCUCCAGUAUGCACAAAUGUAAAAGUGGCGUGAUACUCAAGGAGUAAAACUGUCCAUAUUGCACUUGUGCAGCAAUGAAAUAUACCAGACAGCCACUAGAGGAGCUUCCGGAAUGUUACCAGACUUUUGGUCCGCUAAGUGAUGCUGUAUAUCCUCACGCUCUGCAUGAGGACAUCGAGCGUCAACUAUUUCACCAAAAGAAAGCAUUAAUUAAUGCACAUUAGUGCCCCCCUCAUCAGGUUACGUUUGAGAAGGCGGAGCUGCAACCCAGCGCCGAGGAAAAUCAGCAACGUAAAUAAAGUAUUUUUAGCCCUUCAAUUUGAGGGUGGGGUAAGGUUGGGGAGGAAGAGGGAGCAAUCGUGCCAGGAAUACAGUUAUUCCUGGCACUAUAGUAUCUCUUUAAGCUUAAUUUGACUGAUUUUUUUUAUGUAUUAUGAAAGGAUGGAGGAGAAUAAAAUAAAAGAUAAGAAAGGAAAAGGUUUUCAAUACCAAGAUACAUUUGUGGAGCUUGAAAAGAGAAUGGAAAGUAGCAAGGCCUUAUAGUGGUCCUGUCACUGUCUGGAAACUGCAUAUUUUGUUGAUUUGCUCUGUGUCUGGUGGCUGUGGGGUGCAGAGGAAGAUGAGUUUAACUGACCUAAGCCUGUCCAGGGUGGCAUCCACCAUCUUCAUUUGCUUGGUCCUUUUCAGAUCCUGGCACUUCAUCUGCUAGGAGCCCAUGUUAGUGUUUCCACUUUAUCUUACUAUAUCUUUUAACUGCAUUAACAUUUUAGCGAAGGGGUGGGGGGCUUUAAUGUUUUGAUGGAUAAAAGGUCAGAAACCUCUUACAGAAGGAUAUUUCAAACAGCAGCUUACCAAAGCAGAGCACUAAUUGGACUUCUUAGGUAUAUUUUUUUUGGCAGUGAUUGUGUGUGUGUGUAAGUCAAUGAUUAUGUGUUUGGGUCUGUGAUUGUGUGUGGGUCUGAUUGUAUGUGUAUAGGUCUUUGAUUGUGUGUGGUUGUUGUAUAGGUGUGUUUGGUCUGUGAUUGUGUGUAUGUGUAUAGGUCUGUGAUUAUAUGUGCAUGUGUGGGUCUGUGAUUGUGUGUAUAAAUCAGUGACUGUGUGUUGUAUGUAUGUGACUGUGUUAUAGGUCAGUGACUGUGUGUGGGUCUGUGAUUGUGUGUGGUAACCUGUGCAUAUGUAUAUACAUAUGUAUGUGUUUAGUAAAUAGCUCCAUAUGUUGGUAUCCUUAAAUAUGGCAAUCCCACAUAAGGAUAACAACUAAAGGAAUUAUCUACUAAACAAAUUCAAGGAAAGGGCCUUCAAAGUUUUUUUAUAUAAAUUAUUUAUGUUAUAGAUUUUAUGUGCAGCCCAAGGCAACUCUUCUGCGCUCAUUGCGGCCCAGGGAAGCCAAAAGGUGUCUUCUAGAGUCUAGAAGAUAAUCUGUCUGGAGAUUCUUAUGAAGAUUCAGUCUGGUCAUUAAAAAAUAGGUUGGUUAGGAAGUUAUCUGAUGACAAAAGUCCAUAAAGCGGUCCUUGAGAAACAUGGGUUUAUCAUUAGUGACUUGAGUGAGCUGGUUGAAAUCAUGGGCUGUAGAUUCGUAAGAGUGCCCUUUGUGAAUUAACUUUCAAAGAAAAUAAGUUAUUUGGAUCUGCUUUGGAUGAUCUCAUUAAGUAUAUGAUCAGAAAGUUGUUACCACAGGAAAAGAGGCUUUAAGGGAAUAGAAUACCUUACUAGUGUGAAUAAAAGCUAAACUAUGCAUAGGAGGAGGACAGAUGUAUUUAAAAAAAAACCAAAAAAAAAACCUGAAAGCUGAUUCUGAGACAAGAACACGGCAAGUAGUAAUAAAUGCAUAAGUUCUGAUGCCUUGAGAAAAGUGGGAGGCAGGCUAUAAAGAUGCUACCAAGAUGCACAUUCAUGAUUCUCCUAGAAAAACCUCACUAAAUCCAAUGUUUUCCUGUGAGCUGUAACGUUACAUGACCAAGUUUAAUUCGAUCAGUGCAGAGGAAGCACCUCUAGUGGCUGUCUACUAGAGGUGUGUUUAACUCUUCAAGGUAAGCCGUGCCUUUUUUGCAAAACAGUAGUGUUUUACUUUGAAGUGCUAAACAUGCAGAAAACUUUUGGAUCUACGCGAGCAGAUCAUGUAAUAGUCAGAAAUAAACCUAUCUGUAAUCACAGCUGUCUAUAUCAAAGAUAUAGACAACAUUAUAGUAGAUGAUCUUGGCAGAAACAAAUGGAGACCAGCAGACUAUCCCUGAGCCCAAACAAUUUCAACUACAAGGAAAAAAACUGAAAGGUGUGCAGGUUUGCCUCUCUUUAAAGAACGGACUACACAGAUUAUCUGAACAUUCUGUCAAUCAAGUUGACGUUUUCCCAGAUAUAUGUAUUUCCCCCUGUAGCAAUCCAUACUAAAGUAAUCUGGAAAAUCCAUUCAGUCUCAUGGAUAAUCACAAUGAUUUCCUACUGGCCAAACAGAAGCUGGUUUUCAGAACUUCUGGAGGUGGCGGAACGAAGAAUUUGGGUAUCCACCUCCCAUAGUACAGCUUUUGGAAAACAAAGGAAUCACAUUGAAGACACUAAAGACUUUUAACAGCUCGAUUUCUGCAAGCGUAAUACUCGAGUCAUGGCCUAGAGAAAGAAUAAAUAUUUACUUGUGUAUAGGGAAUAGAUACUUAUAUUGAUGCAAUGAGGACGGAUGUGACUUUAUGAACCCUGCUUUGCCAACUUUUUGUAUAUUUUUAGAGAAUAUUAUUUUGCAGUAUGAGCAUCUCAACACAUUGAAGAUCUUUUAAAGCGAUCAGGAGAUUUUUGUUUAAAGUGCUUUGGCAGCUCCAUCCACCACAAAACUAUCUUCCCAAUAUUGGAUCUGUCUUUUGCUUAACUAAGUAUGUGAAGAACCAUUUGAACUUCUUCCAGAUGUUUCUCUCAAAAUGUAGUCUUAAUUAAAAAGUAGCAUUCCUUAUUGCAAUCACUUCAGUAAAGCGAGUAGGUGAGAUUCUUCACCAAAAUAUGAAGUAUUUAAUUAGGAUACGGUUUUCUUACAUCUGAGCCCUACUUUUCGACCUAAGGGCUUUAAAAAAAAAAAAAAAAAUCAGACUACUAUACUUCCUUCAUUAUACGAGAAGCCUUCCUCUCUUAAACUUCAUUCAUUGGAUGUGGAGAUAUAUUUGGAGAGGACUACUUCAGUUAGUGCCUCUUCAGAGCCGGCAUCACUGUACUCUCGCGCAUGUGCAAGAGUACAGCUUUGAGGUCUAUGGAGUAUCACACAAGACCACAGGAUCCUCCAUUGGCACAGCAAAUUCCCUGCAGCAGUUGGCUGUUAGAAUUGACUUUUUAGACUCUGCCCUUGGACAGUGCCUCUUUAACUUGAGAGGAAAUUCUACAGGUAAAGCAACCUCUAAAUUCACAAUUACUCAAUGGAUCACAGAAACCAUUAUGAUUACAUGUAAAGCUAGAGGAGAGUCACUUCUUGUCACUUCCUGUCAAAAUGAAAGAACAUUGAACAUGAUCUAUGGCUACUUUGUGGGCAAGAAAAGCAAUGGCUUCUUCUGAAUAUAUAUGAAAAGCUGCCACGGUCUUAAUUUAGCACGUUAUCAAAUGUUAUAGGCUAGUCAUUCGGUAUUCAGCAGAAGGGGCAUUUGGGAAGAAGUUGUUACAAGCAGCAGUGAUGAAAGACCCACCCUUGUAGGAUCUUGCUAUGUCCCUAGUGUAUUUCUGCUAUACAUACACAGAAAAAUAAGACAUUUUUUCUUAAUGUAAAUUAUUUUUUCCUUUGUAUUAACGGCAGUACAGAAUUCUCUUCCUGUUUUAUAAACUUAUAUUUUGCUUGAUUUUAUUGUGAGGGUCCUUGGGAUGCUGAUGAUAUUUGAAUGACCCCAGAGGGAGGUACUAACCUAACUUUAUUAUUUUUAGAGAAGGUUACUUAUACAGUGUGUGUAUGUGUGUGUGUGUGUAUAUAUAUAUAUAUAUAUAUAUAUAUAUAAUUUCAUACUUCUUAAAUAAGUAAAACAUAAAGAUAAUAUUUAAAAUUCUGAGACGUCACAUUUACUCUUAAAAUUGAUUUGGACAUUCAUCAACAGCAUUUAUUCACUUCAGGAAGGACAAGUCAAGCAAGCAGAUAUGGGUUUAUGUUGGAUUUAAUUUACCCUUUUUGUCUCUCAACACUGCAGUUGUUGUUUUUGCACACUAUGGCAUUGCUUAGAUUCUUAGAAUACAGAAAAUUCUAUUUACUUUACUAACAGAUAUUCCCAUGUAUCUGAGCACCCCCUGCACAAGUAAAAAUUAUUUAUCUUAUUCAUAGGCGGAAGCUGAUGAGGAUUGUUACCCUGACAUCCUGAAAACGGAUGAAAAUGGAAGACCUGGAGAAACCAAUCUUCAGGUACAAUAAUGUUUCUUUAAGCGACACUGUAAUUUUAGUAGAUUAUAUUGAUAAUAUAUAGACCAUGUAUUAAAGUAAAUAUCUUUUUUUGUAAUUGCUUAAAGGGACACUAUAGUCACCUGAACAACUUUAGCUUAAUGAAGCAGUUUUGGUGUAUAGAACAUGCCCCUGCAGCCUCACUGCUCAAUCCUCUGCCAUUUAGGAGUUAAAUCCCUUUGUUUAUGAACCCUAGUCACACCUCCCUGCAUGUGACUUGCACAGCCUUCUAUAAACACUUCCUGUAAAGAGAGCCCUAUUUAGGCUUUCUUAAUUGCAAGUUCUGUUUAAUUAAGAUUUUCUUAUCCCCUGCUAUGUUAAUAGCUUGCUAGACCCUGCAAGAGCCUCCUGUAUAUGAUUAAAGUUCAAUUUAGAGAUUGAGAUACAAUUAUUUAAGAUAAAAUACAUCUGUUUGAAAGUGAAACCCGUUUUUUUUUCAUGCAGGCUCUGUCAAUCAUAGCCAGGGGAGGUGUGGCUAGGGCUGCAUAAACAGAAACAAAGUGAUUUAACCCCUUCAGGACGGAGUCAGUAGUGCACUUUCUGAUCAAAACAAAACGUAAACAAAAACUGGAAUUUGCGCUAUAUAUCUGUUCAACAGUAAUUCACCGCUGUCACAUUAAGUGCACCCACACUUAUUAUAUAUCAUUUUGUUCAGGAGAAACAGGGCUUUUAUUUUUCAUUAACUAUUCAUAUAUGGAACAUAAUUUAUUGUGAAUAAAAUUUAAAAAAAUGUGAGAAAAUAAGAUUUUAUUUUUUUAAAAUUUGUAUUUUCGUCUGACAUUUUAGCUGUGAAUGUCAUAUUACUGUUAGGUUUUACUGCAAAAAAAUGCACAUAUUUGUAAGCAGCGAUGUCUCACGAGUACAACAGUACCCCCCAUUAACAGGUUUUAUGGUGUUUUGGAAAGUUACAGGGUCAAAUAUAGAACGUUCCAUUUUCAAAUUGAAAAUUGCCAGAUUAGUAAUGUUACCUAUGAGACAGUGUGGUAGCCCAGGAAUGAGAAUUACCCCCAUAAUGGCAUACCAUUUGAUAAAGUAGACAACCCAAGGUAUUGAAAGUAGGGUAUGUUUAGUCUUUUUUAGUGGCCACUUAGUCACAAACACUGGCCAAAGUUAGCGUUCAUAUUUGUUUUUGUGUGAAAAAAGCAAAAAACUAAUAUUUGGCCAGUGUUUGUGACUAAGUGGCUACUAAGAAAGACUGGACAUACCCCACUUGCAAUACCUCGAGUUGUCUACUUUUGCAAAUGGUAUGCCAUCAUGGGAGUAAUUCUCAUUCCUGGGCUCCCAUACGCUCUCAAAGGCAACAUAACCAAUCUGGCAAAUUUCAAUGUCAAAAAAAUGAAAUGCAAGCCUUAUUUGUGACUCUCUAACUUUCCAAAACACCAUAAAACCUGUACAUGGGGGGUACUGUUAUUCUCGGGAGACUUCACUAAACACAAAUAUUAGUGUUUUAAAACAGUAAAACAUAUUACAAGAAUAAUAUAGUCCAUAAAAGUGCCGUUCGUUUGUAAAAAAUUAAAAAACGUCACUUUUACUUAAAAUAUCAUCGUUGUAAUACAAUUUACCAGUUUGAAACACUAAUAUUUGAGUUCAGCGAAGUCUCCCGAGUAAAACAGUACCCCUCGUGUACAGGUUUUAUGGUGUCUUGGAGAGUUACAUGGUCAAAUAUAGUGCUUGCGAAUUAAAUUCUCUGCACUUUCUCCCUGUUUUGUCAGACAUGUCAAUCAAAUUUUAAUCAAAUCACAUAAUUAUGUUAAAAGAUUACUUAUGUAAUUAUAUGUAUCUAUCUAUAUAUAUUUGCGGUUAUUUGUAUUUUAUAUAUAUAUAGAUACACUUAGAAUGACUUUCUAUAUAUAUUUUGUUACCAAUAUAUAUAUAUUAAUAACAAAAUACAGUUAGAAUGAAAUGACAUAUGAAUAUAUAAUUUAUAUAAAAUUUUGUUUUAAUAUAUUUAAUUAUUUUAUUUAUUGUAAUUAUAAACACAUAUAUAUAUAUAUAUAUAUAUAUAUAUAUAUAUAUGUGUAUAUAUAUAUAUAUAUAUAUGUGUGUGUAUAUAUAUAUAUAUAUAUGUGUGUGUAUAUAUAUAUAUAUAUAUAUGUGUGUAUAUAUAUAUAUAUAUAUAUAUAUAUAUAUAUACAUUUAUUUUAAAACAUGUUAAAGACAUUCCCCCUGCUGGCAGAUCCACAGCCAGCUAUAGGGGGCCAUGUGAUCGCUCUUUGAGAGUGAUCACAUGGCCCCCGGGGGCCUCAUUUGCUGGGGAAGGGCUGCCUGGGCUUUCAGGCAGCCCUCCAGAAGAAGAUUGCGGCGGAGGUAAGUCCACCGGACCUCCAGGGGUUGCAAGCCGUUACUGAGUUCUCUGCCGCCGCAACGGCUUUAAAGCCCUUUUAAUGCGGGACGGCAUAGAACGCCGUAACGGCGUUAAGGGGUUAACUCCUAAAUGACAGUGAAUUGAGCAGUGAAUGAUUGCAGGGGAAUGAUCUAUACAAUAAAACUGCUUUAUUUAGCUAAAGUAAUUUAGUUGACUAUAGUGUUCCUUUAACGUCGUCGUCCCCUCCUGAUUGUAAAACAUACAAAACACAUAAGGCAAAAAUAUUUUUUAUUGAAAAAGUGUUUUUGUUUUUUUGUUUUCUUUUCUUUUAACAAAAUGAAAUGAAACAGAUAAAAACAAAUAACACAAUAAUUGUAAUACACACACACAAUUCUAAGAAUGUAUCUGGAUUAAAUCAUAUACAUAUAGAAAAAGUAAGGUGUAAAUAUAUGUGUUGAUAAUGUAAGCUAAACCCAUGCAUGCUUACAGUGCAGUAAUUGCAAACAAUGAGUAAUUUUAUUCAUACAGUCAGAAAAACGGGAAGAGUGAAUGAACUCUACCAUUUCACUGUUAGCAUUCCAGGGAUUAAAGCAAUUCGUUAUAAAUAUAUUUAUUUAAGAAAUGUAUGAUUUAACUAUAUUUGCUGUAUGUGUGCUUUUUGCUGAAUUGCAGACAUUCUUUUUACAUUCUGUUGCCAUUUUUAGUAAGCUGCAUUGCUAGUAAUGCCUUCAGGGUCCUUACAAAUACUUAUGGGCAAGAUAUUUAAAGUGGACCCCCUAGUCACCCCCAAAUGCCCCUAAGUUCCCCAUCUUACCUAUUUUUUUACUUUAUUUUCUGCCCCAACCUAGGUUCAGGACGUCGCCAUCUUUGUAUGGGUAAAUGAAGUCCCUGUGGGACAUGGCAUCUGCCCACACUAGAUAGUGCUGUGAGAUUCCCGUUCACGCCCAGUUAAACACUUGGACAUGCGAACGGGAAUUUCAUCUAUUUAUUUAUUCAUCAGAAAGAUGAAUGAAUGAAUAGAAAUGUCAGAUGAACAAAAACACUGAAUAUCAGUGUUUGUUUGUUCUUUUUAUUACAAGGAGGGAGCUACUGGCGUGCAGAUCCCUCCUUGUAAAAUGUAAAGGUAGAAGUGGCAGGGAGCAGUGCUCCCCGCCACUUCCUAAGCCGCCCCAUGUCCUUUCUCACUCUAUGGGGGUCAAUAUGACCCCCAUUAUAGUAUAAGGGAGAUUAAAAUCUCCCGAAUGCCCCUACUCGCUAUACCGCGAGUAGGGGCAUGUCUACUAAACAAAAACACAAAAAAAACCUGAGCAGCUGGUGGGGGCCAUAAAUAACAAUGGGGGGAACUAUUGUCCGCCCCCCCAACCCUGAGUGGUGGGUGGGGCCAUAAAUAACAAUGGGGGGGAGCCUAUUUUCCUCCAGACAGGAAGAAAUGAACAUAUCCUGAGAGAGGGAGAGAAGAGGAAUUGAUUAACCCCUUAAGGACCAAACUUCUGGAAUAAAAGGGAAUCAUGACAUGUCACACAUGUCAUGUGUCCGUAAGGGGUUAAAGAAAGCUAAGUGCGGCAUGACAGUGCCGCUUUAACCAUGUUUAUUAAUCUAUUUUUGUCAUAUCUAUUGUAUGUGACAAACAGUAUUUUUGCUUUUAUGCUAGUAUUUCAAACCCUGUGUGAAAUAUUGCAAGAUAAAGAAUACUGUAUAUUGUAUAACGCUUUUCAUUUCCUUAAUGUUUUUAUAAAAGCUGAAUGAAUAAGUCAAAAAUAAAAAUUGUUUAAUUUACAUAAUUUUAUAUUUUACAUUUGUCUGCAAAGCAAUAUAUACACAAUAUUGCUGUGUUAUGAUUAUAGCUGCAACAAACAAUAUUAAUUCAAUGUGUCUUCAUGAGGAGAUGCUGAUUGGCCUGGCUGGCGUUUGGCCCUGCCACCCCCCCGCCUCCUUGGCGAUCUCAACCAAUCCAAAGCUUUCCCUACCAUUCCACCAGCCCUGCAGAGUAGGGUGUGGUUCCUACAGUGUCUCCUUGAAAUUAAAGCUAGGAGAAACAAAGCUCACAUUAAGGCAGAUUAACUAAUCGAUAAUGAAAAUUAUGAUUUUUAUUGAUUCGUUGUUUCAGCCAUAGUUAUAAGUUUAUAUGCUAGUUAUGGAUCCCUUGCUUCAAAUUCUUGUUACGGUAAUAUUUUUUCUAUCAAAAAGUGCUUGUUAGUGAGGGGUUAAAUUACUUUCAAAUAAAUUGAAUAGUCAUUUGUCUAAAUUUAAAGUGGAAUGUUCUGCAUUGCUCAGAUGGUAAUCUGACUAGUCUACUCCCCAAUCUACCUUUAUUUGAAAAGUGUUUUGCAUCUUUUACGUAAUUCAUCAUGAGGGUCUCUAGUUUAAAAAAAAUGUUUUUUUUUGUUUCAUUAACCUCUAGCUUUUGCCAGUAGAGCUAUCUAGGAUAUUUAUGAGCACUGUAGAAUUAAGCCUUUGUUAUCCAGUUUUCUAGAUACCUCUGGUAGUCAUGUGCAAGAAAUGUACGUUCAAAAUACAAAUCCAUUUUAUGUUUAAGAAACUUUUACUUCUGACAGUUUGACAUUCUUGCAGUAGAUACUAAGAAAAUAUUCUUGAAUAGUAGCUCUCUAAAGCUCAUGUUUCUUUAUUUUUAUUCAGUAUAUACAGAAAUGUAAAAUCUAUUAAUUCAUCAACAUAAUGUUACUACCACUGGCCAGUCAUAUUUACGGCUUAAUUCUUCCAAACAUUACCAUGUAUCUCUGCAGCAUGCAUUGCUCAUGGUAAUAUUUUAUUUAAAUUAAAUAUAUGUUCUUUUGUUUCAGGAAGAACUUCAAAUGUUCAGAGCACGCUGGAUGUCUGAACUCACUCCCGGAUUGAGUUCGGGAUUAGCAAAUUCUGGGUCCCGCAAGGCUAGAGGGACUGUGGGAAAGAUUACAGAUACCAAAGUGAAGCUUGAGUUGGCAAAAGAGGAGAAAGUGAGCAGCACGCUUCAUUAUCUAGUGCAUACAUGUUAAUGUUUUAUACUGUUUCCAGCAACCCACUCAUUAUAACAGAAGUCAGUACAUAUUAUUUGUUUUUAUCUAUUGAUGCACUAUAAUUAAAAUAGAAAUUGAGUGUCAAUUUAAACACAUACUUUCUCCCUUUAAGUCCAGCCAACAUGUUAUGUGGACGAGCCAGAUUCACUGAACCUAUUAGUCCCUAUACUGUGGGAUAAAUGAUAGUGACAUAUUUUAAAUCUGUUAGGCUUAUAGUGCUAGUUGGCUCUGAGUUAAUUUUUCAGUGGUUUGACUAAAACCAGAUGUCCCCAAGGUUCACAGAGACAGUCAUAGUCCGAGCACUUAUCAAAUGUACAUACAGCUGCUAGAAAAAGUAUGUGAACCCUUUGGAAUGAUAUGGAUUUCUGCACAGGUUGGUCAUAAAAUGUGAUCUGAUCAUCAUCUAAGUCACAACAAUAGACAAUCACGGUCUGCUUAAACUAAUAACACACAAAGAAUAAAAUGUUGCCAUGUUUUUAUUGAACACACCAUGUAAACAUUCACAGUGCAGGUGGAAAAAGUAUGUGAACCCUUGGAUUUAAUAACUGGUUGAACCUCCUUUGGCAGCAAUAACUUCAACCAAAGGUUUCCUGUAGUUACAGAUCAGACAUGCACAAUGGUCAGGAGUAAUUCUUAACCAUUCCUCUUUACAGAACUGUUUCAGUUCAGCAAUAUUCUUGGGAUGUCUGGUGUGAAUCGCUUUCUUGAGGUCAUGCCACAGCAUCUCAAUCGGAUUGAGGUCAGGACUCUGACUGGGCCACUUCAGAAGGCCUAUUUUCUUCUGUUUAAGCCAUUCUGUUGUUGAUUUACUUCUAUGCUUUGGGUCAUUGUCCUGUUGCAACACCCAUCUUCUCUUGAGCUUCAGCUGGUAGACAGAUGGCCUUAAGAUCUUCUGCAAAAUGUCUUGAUUAACUUGGGAAUUCAUUUUUCCUUCGAUGAUAGCAAUCCGUCCAGGCCCUGACGCAGCAAAGCAGCCCCAAACCAUAAUGCCCCCACCACCAUACUUCACAGUUGGGAUGAGGUUUUGAUGUUGGUGUGCUGUGCCUUUUUUUCACCACACAUAGUGUUGUGUGUUUCUUCCAAACAACUCAACUUUGGUUUCAUCUGUCCACAGAAUAUUUUGCCAGUACUGUUGUGGAACAUCCAGGUGCUCUUGUGCAAACUGUAAACAUGCAGCAAUGUUUUGUUUGGACAGCAGUGGCUUCCUCUGUGGUAUCCUCCCAUGAAAUCCAUUCUUUUUUUAGUGUUUUACGUAUUGUAGAUUCGCUAACAGGGAUGUUGGCAUUUGCCAGUGACUUUUGUAAGUCUUUAGCUGACACUCUAGGAUUCUUCUUCACCUCAUUGAGCAGUCUGCGCUGUGUUCUUGCAGUCAUCUUUACAGAACAGCCACUCCUAGGGAGAGUAGCAGCAGUGCUGAACUUUUUCCAUUUGUAGACAAUUUGUCUUACCGUGGACUGAUGAACAGCAAGGCUUUUGGAGAUACUUUUAUAACUCUUUCCAGCUUUAUGCAAGUCAACAAUUCUUAAUCGUAGGUCUUCUGAGAGCUCUUUUGUGCGAGGCAUCAUUCACAUCAGGCAGUGCUUCUUGUGAAAAGCAAACCCAGAACUGGUGUGUGUUUUUUAUAGGACAGGGCAGCUGUAACCAACACCUCCAAUCUCAUCUCAUUGAUUGGACUCCAGUUGGCUGACAUCUCACUCCAAUUAGCUCUUGGAGAUGUCAUUAGUCUAGGGGUUCACAUACUUUUUCCACCUGCACUGUGAAUGUUUACAUGGUGUGUUCAAUAAAAACAUGGCAACAUUUCAUUCUUUGUGUGUUAUUAGUUUAAGCAGACUGUGAUUGUCUAUUGUUGUGACUUAGAUGAUGAUCAGAUCACAUUUUAUGACCAAUUUGUGCAGAAAUCCAUAUCAUUCCAAAGGGUUCACAUACUUUUUCUUGCAACUGUAUACCUUUUUAGUCUCUUAAAAAGUCAAUAUGGACUUCUUUAGACUAUCACUGUAAUUGCCAUAUUUAUCCCAAUGAAAUAUAUAUUUUUAAUGUAUAUUUUGUCCUGUACAGGCAAGAGAACUUUUUCUUAAAGCUGCAGAGGAAGAACAAAAUGGAGCACUCUAUGAAGGUAUUAUUUAAUCUGUUCUAAUUGAUCAACAACUCGCAACUUCUUUAUGACUAAAGUGAUCACCUUUAAAAUACAUUAUAAAAAAACAUGGUCCAGCAUGUGUUUCAAUGCUUAAAAGUACACUUGUCAGGUAACCAAAGUGUAAUGACUUUGGUAUAGGUAUUCCAAGAUCUUUUUGGCAUAGCCUGGCAUAAGGGAGGGUAGGCUGCUCUCAAAGUAACAUUCCUUUCUUCAUUCUUAUCAGUCUAUAUGCAUGGUAGGCAAUAUUCGUAUAAAUAAAACGAGACACACAAUAACCACAGACAACGUUUUAAUUACUUUUCAAUGGGCUUGGCUGUGGUGUUUAUUCAAAGCUCAAGGGGCAUACAACCAUAACUGUGUAACCAUAUAACAUGUGGUUCACCAAUUUUUAAAACUUUUAACUUUAUCAACCACCAAAUAGCCAGUCAGUCAUAACUAAUCUGACCGCCUUUUAUUUAACCCCUUCAGGACCGGCCUGUUUUGGCCAUGUUGUACGUUGAGGACCGGGGCUCUUAUAACACUUUUGUGGUGUUUGUGUUUAGCUGUAAGUUUCCUCUCUCUCAUUUACUGUUCCCAUACAAGUUAUAUAUUGUAUUUUUCAGGAAAAAAGGGGCUUUCUUUACAUACCAUUAUUUGUAUCAUGUCAUAUAAUUUACUUUAAAAAAAGUAAUAAAAUAUGGUGAAAAUUAGAAGAAAAAAAAACAUGUUUUUUGACUUUUGCUUGAAAAAUAUUUUACUUACCUACGAAAGCUAUUGAAAAAUACUGCUAAAUAGAUUCAAAAUUUUGUCCUGUGUUUAAAAACACCCAGUGUUUACGUGCUUUUUUUUUGCAAGUUAUAGGGCUAUAAGUACAAAUAGGAAAUUGCCGUUUCAUAAUAUAUAUUUUUUAAAUGUAUCAAUAGUAACAUUGUAACACUAUUAUCUGUCAUAAAUCUCUGAAUCACACCCCACGUGUACAUAUAGUAGACAACCCAGGUAUUCAAUAUGGGGUAUGUCCAGUAUUUGACCCUGUAACUUUCAAAAACGCUAUAAAACCUGUAGAUGGGGGGUACUAUUAUACUCGGUAGACCUUGUUGAACACAAAUAUUAGUGUUUCAAAACAGUAAAACGUAUCACAACAAUUAUAUCAUCAGUAAAAAUGCCCUUUGUGUGUGAAAAAUGCAUAAAAUGUCACUUUCACUGCCAGUAUCAACACUUGGAUAUGUUUUACUGUUUUGAAACACUAAUAUUUGUAUUCAGAAAAGUCUCCCGAGUAAAACCGUACCCCCCAUGUACAGGUUUUAGGGUGUCAUAGAAAGUUACAGGGUUAAAUCCAGUGCUAGCAAAUUAAAUUCUCUGGACUUUCGGCCUAGGUUGUCAGGCAGGUCCCUCAAAUUGCAAUCAAUAACAUUACUUAAUUAUGUAAAAAUAUUACAUAAAUACGCAUGUAGAAUUUAAAUAUAUAUAUGCAUAUUUAUAUAUUUGAAGUCUACGUGUAUAUUUAUGAAAUUAUUUUUGUAACUUUGUAUAUGGAUCUAUAUAUAUUUCGUAUUAUUUUGAUUUAUUUAUGUAUACAUGUAUUUUGAUAUAAAUAUAUAUAUAUAUAUAUAUAUAUAUAUAUAUAUAUAUAUUAUCAAAAUACAGUUAGAAUAAAAUUUCAUAUAGAUAUAUUUUUUUAAUUUUUAUUAUUUUUAUUUUUAUUUACUUUUUUGAAUUUUAUAAUAUAUAUAUGUGUGUGUGUAUGUAUAUAUAUAUAUAUAUAUAUAUAUAUUAUAUACGUGUGUAAUUUAAUUGUGUAUUUUUAUAUUAAUAUAUGCAUAUAAUAAUAUAAAAAUACACUUAGUAUGACACUAUAUAUAGACAUAUAUAAUUUAUUAACAUUAACAUUUUUUAUUUUAUUGAUUUUACACUUGCAGGGAGACUGCCUGUCAGCACAGACUGCAUGGAGACUGCCUGUCAGCACAGGCAGUCUCCCUGCAGGCAGACACUAGGACACCUGUUGUGGCCAUGUGACCAAUCUGUUGAGCGAUCACAUGGCCCCCGGGGUCCUAAUUCGCCACCGAGAGACUGCCUGGGCUGCAGGAAGUCUCCCCACACAGGGAGCAACACCAAUCACCGCUGGGGGAACAACGGUGACCGGGUGAGUAACGAUUAUCGUUAUGACGGUUCAUAACCGUCAUCAGUCCUCAAGGGGAUGUUUCCGAUGACGGUCCUGAACCGUCAUCGGUCCUCAAGGGGUUAAAACCAUUUACCACCAUAUCCUUUCUCAGAACUUGACCCUGAGGAUGACUUUUGCCCCAAUGCUUCAUAACACCACGUCAAUACAAUUAAAUAAAAGUUAAGAGGGGGGGUCUGCCUGCACCGUUUCUGCUUCAGUCCACUCUGACAGGAUUAAACUUGUGCUGCUUCUUUUAUUACUGUUCCAGUUUCCCACUCUGUUUCUGCUUGCAACUUUCAACCAAUCCUAUGCCAGCUGUGUCAUAAAUUCUGCCCAGAUACCUGUUUAACUGACCAUCUACCACAAGAUGUAAAAUACCUUACAUUCAAAUCCUAGACCAGGCAUAGGCAACCUUUGGCACUGCAGAUGUUUUGGACUACACCUCCCAUGAUGCUUUGCCAGCAUUAUGGGGGAUGUAGUCCACAACAUCUGGAGUGCCGAAGGUUAACUAUCCCUGUCCUAGACAAAACGCAUUAACUCCUUCAUUGCCACCAUACAUAUAUGCCACAGUGCUUAGUGCCUGGGGCUUCUUUAUUUACUAAAGUGAGAAUUUUAAAUUGAAUUUCAAAUUUAAGUUACAAAUUGCCAAACUUUAUUAAUUAUCUAAGCCAGUGAUGUUUUCAUUUCAGAUACUGUGGCCUUAAAUUUAAAAUUCACUUUGAAUUAACAAGAGUUCUCUCUUUGAUAAACAACCCUGUCUGUGUUUAUAUUAAGGCUGUCUCCUGAUAUGGUUUUUGCCAAUGGGAGAAAUUUCUCUUUAAUAGUGCUUCUGCCCAAACAUGAGUUUUUGUUUUUCUCUACCAGGUAUAGGGAUCCCUUAAGUUCCAGCCUAAUAUAGCUAGGAAGUCUAUCUAUAGUUAAUGCUAUGUGGAUAUAUUUGUGCAGUAUUAUUUGACUAAGUUUAGCAAACUUACUGAAAAUGUAGCAAAAAAACAAAAAAUGCCCAAUACAGAUUGUUUCCAAUGCCCUAAAUUGUGUUUGAAUAUUUAACCCUUUAAUUAUUUUAUCCUGUUAGCUGAUUAAGUAAAUGUUGACAUGAAUGUAAGCUCCAGUGCUCUAGAGAAAAGUUAAUGAAAAUUAUUAGUUUAGAUUUUAGUUUUAUGUAAUUUAUUAAAUAUAUGUCCCUUUUUUUCCCUUUUUUUUUUAGCCAUCAAAUUUUACCGUCAAGCCAUGCAGCUGGUGCCAGACAUUGAGUUUAAAAUUAACUAUAACAUGUCUCCUGAUGGUGACGGAGUAGGGAAAAAAUUGUAUGUACCAACUUUAAUUUUAAAUGAAAUGUUUGUAGUUGUGUUUUAUGCUUCUUUCAUGACAGUUAAAUGUCAUAAUGCAAGCUUAGCUUAUAUCAAAUAAAUUAAAUGGGCAGUCUAAGCCCCAGAAUGACUUAAUCUUAUUGUUUGCUGUCUUUGCAGCCUUGCAGAUUAAAUCAGGGCUGUUUCUGAAAAAUGCCACUGUUUAUAUUGUGUAAUUCCCAUGAUUCAAUAACUGAACAUAAUAACUUUGUGUCAUGAUGCACAUUGUGCUGAUGCUGGGUUAAACUAUAUAAGAAUUGGUUUUAUGUGUAAUGCUUCUCAAGCUCGAUAACUUCAGUGAGGGCAAAUUAGGCUACAGUGAGCAGUCUGUCUUGAGGCUACAGCUAAAACAUUUUUCAAAUGUACAGCUAUUUAGUGCUUUAGUUUGAAAACUUGAUAUGUGCUACUGUAAUAAAAAUCAAAAAAUUUAGCUCUGCUAUAGCAUCCGGAGUACUGAAUUUGUAUAUGCUUGUCAAAUUUUGUCAAAAUACAGGGUUGAAUUUACAACCUGCCUAGUGCAUUUUUUUUUAAUUUUUUUUUAGAGAGAACUUAAGUAGGCAAGAGCCAAAGAAACACAAAACCAGAGAAAAAAAUCAAAUACAAAAAAAAACAACUUAGUGGUAAAUUGGAUGAACAAUCCUUUCCAGCUCCUAUGCGUUCCCUUCUGGGUCUCAGGUGGCAGUUAGCCCUUUGCGCUUUGAAUGCCGUAGAGAGUGAGGGGGUGGGUCCAGCUGGCUGUAACGGUUGUACUUUGGACAUGUACCAGGUGUGUGUGGACUUUUGUCUCGGUGCGUGGGUGGUCUGAUCCAAAUUUGGUGAAAGUCCUAGUGCUGUCAGCACUGAGUCUUUCCCAUGCAUCGGUUAUGCAGGAUGUUGCACCACCAUGCGUGAUGACCAGGCUCCUGGGGAAUGCCCAGCGGCAUGAGAUAAAAUGUUGGCAUGGACAGGUCUUGGUAAAAAGACAGAGCAGCAUUUUCGAAGGGGUGAGUAGAAUUUCCUCGCGCUGCUGCCAUGAAGUUUAGUUGUAAAAAAUAAUCAUGCUGUGUAAAAAGGCGCUUAGAAAAUGUGGAUUAUAAUACAAUUCACAAUAAAGUGAUAGCAGCUUGCACACCAAAAGUAGGAACUCUUCAACCUACUCACAAUCAAAUGUAUAAAGAAAAACACUAUCGUGCAAAUACAUGCAAAAACAGUGCAAAGGUGGAGCGCUUCAAAAUAAAAACACUUACUCCUGCAAAUUUCAGGAGAUAAUGGAAAUGAUGGUAAUGAGAUCCUUUAAAUCACCAUAUUCAAUGAAGAACCUCAAAAUGGAGACAAAAAAUGGGAGAAACAGGGAAGCAAUGCUAACCCUAGUGCAGAAAUACUUAAUAUGGUAGGUAGCCAGGUGAAAAAAAUAACGAUUUACUUCUCACCUUAUCAGGAGCCUUUAAGUAUAUAAGCACAGUGUCAAUUAUAGAGUGACACUUCCCUUCUUGAUAGCAGCAUAAAUAUAUCACUAGUCAACUUGGUAAAAGAAAUAAACAUUUAUUGUAACUUGUUAAAAACAAAUAAAUGAAAUGUAUACUCAAGUGCCAGUGCUGUGUCCAAGACGCGUUUCGCCGAUGUGUUGUUCGGCUUUAUCAAUUGGUAAAUAUGGUGCUGCUAAAACAAGAUUUAAAUACCCCCUAAUGGGGGGCUGAUUGGAAGGGAACGUCCGUGAUACAUCCAAUCACGGCGUUAAUCCUAAUGUAAGGCUCAGCUGAUUCUAAUAUCUCCGAUACUGUGACGUCAUCACGCACGACAUCUCGUGCGCGUGGCGUCACAUACGGAAGUAAACUGUGAUCAUACACUCGUGCUUGUAGCGUCACAUACGAAAACUGUGAUAAUACAAUUGUCAGACAUCAUUUUUAUCGAGGAAAAGUUAUGUUCAGUCAAAUCAGUUUAUCCAGUCCUUGAUGAUAUUGCGGCCAUUUUGCUUGAUGGCAAGUAUGUUGAGUGUCCUCAAUAGUGUUUGCGGCCAUUUUGCUUGAAGGCAAAUCUACUGAGUGUCCGAAUUAAAUCCACUGAUUGUCCAAUAUCUCGGAAAUGUCCAUUAAUAUAAGUAAAUCCCCGAAGUUUUAAUCGUAAUAGGGAGAAAGGGAACAGUAAUUUAGAGGGGUAUAUAUAUUAGUAUGAAACAAUUGACAUUAAAAAAUAUUAUAACAUAAUUGGGAAAUGCACACAAUAUGGUCAUAAUGAUGACUCAUUACUUAAAAAUUAAAAAUUGGAAUUUAAAAAUUAGAGUAUAUAUGUAUAUAAUAUAUAGUACAAAUAAAUUAACUAUAAAUAGUAUUAUAAAAAAUGGCAAAUUUCGAAAUCAUCAUUUAAUCCAUAUGGUUGCAUUGUAUUUAAAUUAAAAAUCCACUUCAUCUCGGUUUGACCUAUAUUUCUCAUUAGAUCUCCCCGCCUCCAAUUCAUAGAGAUUCUUUGGAUUCCCAUGAAUUCCAUACAACGAGGGUCACAAUUGUGUUUAUCUUUAAAAUGCUGGGAGACACUAUGUUUCUCGAAACCAUUUUUAAUAUUUCUUAUGGAAUCCAAGAACAUAUAAGAAAUAUUAAAAAUGGUUUCGAGAAACAUAGUGUCUCCCAGCAUUUUAAAGAUAAACCCAAUUGUGACCCUCGUUGUAUGGAAUUCAUGUGCUUAUAUACUUGGAGCCCAGUUAAAGGCUCCUGAUAAGGUGAGAAGUAAAUCGUUAUUUUUUUCACCUGGCUACCUACCAUAUUAAGGAUUUCUGCACUAGGGUUAGCAUUGCUUCCCUGUUUCUCCCAUUUUUUGUCUCCAUUUUGAGGUUCUUCAUUGAAUAUGGUGAUUUAAAGGAUCUCAUUACCAUCAUUUCCAUUAUCUCCUGAAAUUUGCAGGAGUAAGUGUUUUUAUUUUGAAGCGCUCCACCUUUGCACUGUUUUUGCAUGUAUUUGCACGAUAGUGUUUUUCUUUAUGAAGUUUAGUUGGGCUGACCUUGUCUGGAGCUGUAGUAUGACAUCCUGGUGCUGUGGCUCUGGUAGCUCUCGGGAUGCGAUAGACCCCGUCGAUCAUGGCUUGUUUCGCCUGCUGUGGCGUAAGUAGUGAGGUGACGAGCCUCCUGGCAUAUUGUGUCAGUUCUUCCUGGGUCACUGUCUCCGGGAUUCUCUGUAUUUUGACAUUCCGGCUCCUGUGCCGAUCCUCCAUUGCGUCUAGGCGGUUGGUAAGCAGGGACUGGGUUCGAUGUAACUCAGCAGUUUGUGCUUCUAUCUGUAUACAUCGUGUAGUGAGGCCCUGCGUGUCCUCCUCUACUGUCUCAACUCGCCCUUCCACAGCAUAUAUCUCCUCCCACAUUGUGGCAAGGUCUGCUGCAAACAUCGUGCGGAUAUGGCGGAGAAGGACGUUUAUAUCUCCUUUAGUGGAGGGCAGUUCAUUUUCCUCAUCUGAGGAGGGGUGGUGUUGUCCCCCAGCGUUUGGGAACUCGUCCAGCUCAUCCAACGCUGGUUCUUCUGAGGAGGCCGAGGUUGUGUCGCCAUUUUCUUUUGGCGCAGGAGUUCCUGAGGCCUUAGCAGGAUGGAGAAAAAGGUCCCCGAUGUCACGGGCCCCUGCUGGUUGUAAUGUUCCCUGGUGCUUAGAUUUCUUCUCCAUCUUGUAAUCGCUUGAUUUGGGUCGAAAUUAGUAUAAUUUGUAUAGUGAUAAUUACAAUUAUUAUUAUCAAUAUAACUUGGAUAAUUGCUUAUUUCAGGCUUAUUUUAGCGGAGCUCGUCUGUCAGAUGUCUGCUCUGGUUAUCUGCUCGCAGUAAAAUUAUUUUAAGUGUACUACUUAACAUCUCCUGAGUACAAUACCCCAAAUGUAUACCUUUACAAAGUAAUAAUCUUAAUCCAAAUCAAAAUCCAUAAUCCUAAACUAAAACCUAAUUAUAAAUCAAAUACCAAAUUUAAUCCUAAACUAUACCCUAAUCUAAUACCCAACUUUAAAGGGACACUGUAGUCUUCGGAAUGUCUGCAGCUUAUUGUAGUUGUUCUGGUGAGUAUAGUCAGUCCCUGUGAUCAGUGACAUUCUCCAUGUCUGAUUUGGAAUGUACCUCUUCCCCAUCCCCCCCCUUCCCCAUGUGCUCAAAAAUUUUAUCCUAACUGUCCUCUAUUUUAUGCACUGUACUAACAUUUGUGUGCAGAAUUAAAGGGAUUCUCCAGUGCCAGGAAAACAAACAUGUUUUCCUGGUACUGGAGAAUCCUGGAACGCCCCCAGUCCCACAUCGCUGAAGGGGUUAAAACCCCUUAAGACACUUACCUGAAUCUGCCCAUGCUCCGCAAUGGCCGCUCGUGCACAGUAGACAUCCCAGUAGGAAGGCAUUAUUCAAUGCUUUCCUAUGGGGAUUCCGGCGACGCUGGAGGUUCUCCUGCAUAGCGUGAGGACGUCCAGCCUCGUUUAGACGACCAAAAGUCAUAUAAGAAGCCAGAAGUCCCUCUAGUGGCUGUCUACUAUAAAAACUGCAAUAGUUACACUUGCAGGGUUAAAGGACCACUAUAGUACUAGUAAAACACACUUGUUUUCCUGGCGCUAUAGAGUUAUUAGGUCCCCUCCACCCUCAGGGCCCCCCUCCUGCUGGGCUGAAGGGGUUAAAACCCAUUCAGCCACUUACUUUAUCCAGCGCCAGGCUCCCUUGGCGCUGAUGACCUCUCCUCCCCUGCCGACGUCAGCUCCCGAGUGGAGCCGGAUGCGUAUGCGCCGUGUGGAGCCGUGUGCGCGCAUUCUAACCGCCCAUAUGAAAGCAUUACUCAAUGCUUUCCUAUGGACGUUCAGUGUGCUCAAUGGAGACAGCCACUAGAGGCUUGAUUAACCCUGCAAAGUAAACAUAGCAGUUUCUCUGAAACUGCUGUGUUUACAGCUGCAGGGUUAAAACUAGGGGGAACCUGGCACUCAGACUACUUCAUUGAGCUUAAGUGGUCUGGGUGCCUAUAGUGGUCCUUUAAGGAUGAUGGGAGUUGGCACCCAGACCACUUCAAUGGGCUACAGUGGUCUGAGUGCCUACAGUGUCCCUUUAAUGCAAUGUAUACGGACACAAUAUACAGUAAUUGUGUUAUGUGCUGUGUGUGUUUGUGUGCGCUGGAUUCAUGCAAUGCAUAGGGAGUCAGUACACUGUGAUUGUUGCUGGAUUCAUGCAAUGUACAAUACAGUACACUUCAUUGCUGAGUUCAUACAAUGUACAGUACAGUGAUUGCUGGAUUCAUGGAAUGUAUAGUUGCUGGAUUCGUGUACAGUACCUUACAGUACAGUUAUUCUUGCUGGAUUUAUGUAAAGUGCAGUACAGUUAUUGGUUCUGGAUACAUGUAUAGUACAAUUGCUGGAUUCAUGUUUUGUACAGUACAGUUUAUAUUGAUUGUUGUAAUGUACAGUACAGAGUGAUUGAUCCAACACCAGUCAUACAGUACAUGUACAGCACAGUGCACGCUGAGUAUUGCUGGAUUUAUACAGUAGGUUUACAGCGCAGUGUGUUGAUGGAUUGAUACAUGUACGGCGCCGUGCACACUGAGUGUUGAUGGAUUGAUACAUGUACAGCGCAGUGCACACUGAGUGUUGAUGAAUUGAUACAUGUACAGCGCAGUGCACACUGAGUGUUGAUGGAUUGAUACAUGUACAGCGCAGUGCACACUGAGUGUUGAUGGAUUGAUACAUGUACGGCGCAGUGCACACUGAGUGUUGAUGGAUUGAUACAUGUACAGCGCCGUGCACACUGAGUGUUGAUGGAUUGAUACAUGUACAGCGCAGUGCACACUGAGUGUUGAUGGAUUGAUACAUGUACGGCGCCGUGCACACGGAGUGUUGAUGGAUUGAUACAUGUACAGCGCCGUGCACACAGAGUGUCGAUGGAUUGGUACGUGUACAGCGCCGUGCACACAGAGUGUUGAUGGAUUGAUACAUGUACAGCGCAGUGCACACUGAGUGUUGAUGGGUUGAUACAUGUACAGCACAGUGCACACGGAGUGUCGUUGGAUUGAUACAUGUACAGCGCCGUGCACACGGAGUGUCGAUGGAUUGAUCCUUGUACAGCGCCAUGCACACUGAGUUUUGCUGUGUUUACAGCCUGUGCUGCAGGGUUAGGUGGAGAGCUGACACUCAGACUAGGCAUUACUACCUGCAGACAAACUUUUUUUUCUUUGGGGCUUGGUUAUGAUAAGGAGGCGAAAUUAUGACGUGUGGAGGGGGGUCCGAGUUGAUGGAUUGUUGGGCGUUUACCUUACGGAAUUGGAUGGAGAGAGGGGAGGGAGGAGAAAGGAGGGGGGAGGCCGAACACGCACAGGCCUGCAACGUCACGGGGGACGGAGUUCCGGACAUUGCAACAUUCCGGAGGUUCCAACACAGUCGGCUAGUAAAGAGAUAGGUGUGAUGGGCAUGUAGCUGGGAUUCCUGGUGACAUUACACGAGACUUUACCGGAAACCCUGAAGUCGAGGAGAUAAGAAGGCUAAUCCCUGAUGGUAUGUUUGAUAAGUACGAUAGAUUGCCGAUAGUUAUCGAUGCUUACAUUUCCUUAUUGAGAAUAAAACCUAACAGCCAGAUAUCAGUUUGCUGUAUUGCCGUUUCAGUGCAUUGGGUACAGAGGGGGUUAAGCCAUGAAGACCUCCUUCGAAGUAACUAGUUAAAUCUGUUAGUGAAAAGAGUGUUCCUGUAGGUGUGUAAUAUGAAUUAAUGAAUGAAUACACAGUGUGUGCGUUUACACUAGUGAGGAUUUGUAAAACAGAAGUUGAAAGUUAACUUAGAAAUGUCAGCAGUGGUGCUUCACUUGUAGGCAGUAUUUUUUUUUUUUUUUUUUUUUAAUACUUUUGCCUUUCUCUUUACAGCAUUGAAGAUGCAAAUGAUGACAGUAAGAUGGCUGACCUGUUAUCUUAUUUCCAGCAGCAGCUGACAUUUCAAGAAUCCACCCUCAAACUUUGUCAGCCAGACUAUGAUUUCAGUCAGACUCAUAUUUCAGGUAUGGUGAUUUCCUUGGUAUGAAGGACAGUCAGGGACCACCUGUACAAGUCAUGCCACUUAUAAUUUCCCAAGUUUAAUACCCAGUUUAUUCCAUGGGAAUUCCUUGAAUGAAAUCAGAACUGCUCAAGGAAGGUGGUUAUGCUUUUGGUUUUUAGGGUUCCUGCAGGCAAGACUUUCCGAGGUUGGUUUAAGUCUUCAGUUGUUCAAAAGUGCGUUUUUGAAACUACUCAUUGAAUAUCCAAAGUUAGCAGUUAUCAGACUGAUCACCUUUCCGACUCAAUUUCUCCAUUCUUGGAUAUGGCAGUUUCUAAGGCACCUGUCAUGGUAUGCACUACUUUAUAUAAAAUAAAAGUCCUCAAAAGUUCAUCUAUAUAUUCUGGCAUAUUUUUUAGGACCUGCUAUCUUUAAAUGUGAACCUGUUAUAUAACUUUAAGGUCCACUAAAGUCACCCAGGUCACUUCAUCUCAAAGAAGUGUCCUGAGUGCAGCGGUCCUUUAGUUUUAACCCUUUAGUGUAAAAUAUUGUGUUUUUGUUUUAGAAACUGCAAUGUUUACAUUGUAAGCUGAAAUCCACCUCCAGCGGAUGUGACACAGCCAUAGUGUUUGGAAUGCAGUUUAGUUCCUUUAAAUGCCUUAGAAGCAUGUGUCAUCAAACAUCCAGACAAAGUAUUAAUAUAUUACCAAGAAGUUGGUGUGUACUGCAAAUUUGGCCAAGUAGAUGUGAAUAAUGAAGUAACCAUUCAUAAAAAGAUUAUAACAUGUUACUGUACAUUUUGCUUAUAGUUUAUGAAUUACUACAUUGAUGUGUUUUUUUUGUUUGUUUUUAGCGCUCCCAAUGGAGGUGCUGAUGUAUAUUUUCCGUUGGGUGGUUUCAAGUGAUCUUGAUCUCAGAUCAUUAGAGCAGCUAUCUUUGGUCUGCAAAGGUUUUUAUAUUUGUGCAAGGUAUUCCUCUCAAGAUUUGAACUUUUCAAUUGAAUUUUCAUCACCCUUCUUCAUAAUAACCAAUAUCUGUGUCCGACUCCUUUUCUGUAAAACAGCCACAUUAUUAGAAUGUUAGUUUUGUAACUUACAUAAUGUACUUUUCAUUAUUUACUCAUGUAGAAUUGGGAGGCUGGAGGGAGACUGAGACAUACAAUGCAUUAUUCUAAGCUCUUUUAGGACUUUUUUUUUUUUUUUUUAUCGUCCUGUUAAUUUUAUCGCAUAACUAACCCCAUACAAUCAAGCAUCCUGACAUUUUAGUUAAUCAAACAUUUAAAGUACCAGUUUGUCUAAGUAAUUUAGCAUAGCAUCUUUAUUAUAGCGAUUUAUGAUAAGAUUACAUUUAUCUUUCUCUUGUUGAAAAUAAUUUUAAUACAAUCACAUUUUUAAUUAUCCGUGAUAGUAAAUCUGUCAUAGUUACAUAGUAAUCUAGGUUGGAAAAAGACUAAAGUCCUUCAAGUUCAACCUUUAAAACCUAUUCCUUUAUGCUGUUGAUCCAAAACAAUGCAAAAACAAAGUAAAUUAAGCUAUUUUCAAUUUUUCAUAAUACACGUUAUGUUAUCUUUGAAUAAUGUCAUUUUCAUAUUUUUUGCAUUUAUUUAUUUUUAAAUUCAGGCCUUUUAAAAAAGUUUUUCAUGUUCAGGGAUCCUGAGAUUUGGCGCCGGGCAUGUCUUAAGAUAUGGGGAAGAAGCUGUGUGAAGCUGGUCCCUUACACUACAUGGAGACAGAUGUUCCUAGAAAGACCACGUGUUCGAUUUGAUGGUAUGUGUCUAUAUGUGGACAAGGUAACCAUCCUCCAUAGCAUGGCGUAAUCAUUUUUCAUCAGUUCUUGUACUUCUUUUUUUUUUUUUUUUUCAUUUUGGUAUUUAUUUGAGUCUAGUGAAUUAUUUCUCAAGUAAUACAAUCUUGAAUGCAUUAGGCACUAACGUUCCCUAUAAUGAUGCACAGAUUUAGUGCAUCUCUAUGACGUGAUGCUGAUUGACGCAGCACAGUAUUUUGCUGCGCAUGCACAAUAGGCUCCCAAUGCUUUCCUGUGGGUAAGCAUUGGAUUGGCUGAGAUCAUCAAGAUUGAUGAUCCCAGCCAUGGAGGCAGGAUGAGACCAGCAGAACUGUGGAUAAAAGGUAACUUUAAAAGCUUUUAUCUCCACAUAGUGUGGCUGGGAACCUAAAUCUGUAUUCCAGCACUAUAGUUUUAGGAAUAAAUGUUUGUAUUCUUAACACUAUUGUGUUCCUUUACAUUUAUGGAAUAACUUAAACACACUUUAUAGUUUGGCUAGAUUGAUCUAAAACUUGCUAUUUCAGUUUUCCAGAAAUCACAAAAUAUCAGUCUGUUUUGUUGCUUGAAUUGGUAAUCUAAGAACCAUAAAUACUACAGAGUAUGGUUGUGGUUACAGCGCCAGGAGUCUUAAAUGUAAUCAAGUUUGUAGUCGCACUGAUGUGGAAGUUCUUACUUCUGUGUUAGUGAUGUCAAUUCUGUCUUUGCUUAGACAGUGUUUGUUGAGUGAGAACCUCAGCUGAUUCUGCCAAUGAGUUUUGGCCAAAUAUGCUAGAAAUUGAUAUGUCUUUUCUGGUAGUAAGUGUCAAUCCUGUAUAGAAACAAUUUCACUACUCACUGUAAAACAGCAAUAACACAUGCAAACUGCAUUUAUUUCAGGUGUCUAUAUCAGCAAGACCACAUAUAUACGCCAGGGAGAGCAAUCUUUGGAUGGAUUUUACAGGGCUUGGCACCAAGUGGAAUAUUACAGGUUUACUUAUUUUUGUCUACACCACAUUCAAAAAGUUAAUGUGUUAUUACCUUAGGUCUCUUUUUGCUAACAAUGUCCUCAAUUCAGUAUCGUUGGACAAGCUUUCCAAAUGGUUUAAAGGGACACUAUAUAGUCACCAGAACAACUGUAGCUAAAUGUAGUUAUUCUGGUAAGUAUAAUCAUUGCCUUCAGGCAUUUUCAUGCAAACACUGCCUUUUCAGAGAAAAGGCAGGGUUUACAUUGCCCCUAGGGACACCUCCAAGUGGCCACUCCUCAGAUGGCCACUGCAGGUGCUACCUGGCUCAGUGCUGCACAGUAGGAAAAGGCAGGGUUUACAUUGCCCCUAGGGACACCACCAAGUGGCCACUCCUCGGAUGGCCACUAUAGGUGCUUCCAGGCUUAGUGAUGCACAGUAGGCAGCCAUGCCGUUCAACGUCUCCACACUCUACAUGGGGAUGCUGAAUUUUCCUCAACUGAUUCAAUGCAUCUCUAUGAGGAGGUGCUGAUUGGCCAAAACAGCAUUUGGCCCCACCCCUUGCCGAUUUUAUGCAAUUGGGAAAGCAUUGGAUAAAAAUCUGCAAUUCUGAUGUCACCAAGGAGGCAGAGCCAGUGCCAGUGGACCCGCACGUCGCUGGAAAUAAGGUGAGGUUUAAUUCCUUUUAACGGGACUGGGGAGGGCAAGCCACCUAAAUGGUGGGUUUAGCACUAUAGGGUCAGAAAUACAUGUUUGUGUUUCUGACCCAAUAGUGUUCCUUUAAUAUUUUUGUAUAACAAAAUGACUUCAUAGUAUCAAAAUAUUUUAAUUGUGAUAUAUUGAUAUGUUUGUAUGAUAUAUUUUAAAUAUGUUGAAAAAGCAUUUUAAGUUUUUUUUUCAAAGAUAUUAAAUCAUUUCGAAAGCUUAUCCAAAAAUAUUAAAUGAAGGCCAUUGUUCGAUUUUAAAGCAGUAGUAAACUACCCUUUUAUUAAAAAAGAAAAGGUUAUAGUGUGUAUAAGUGCUUUAUUUUUUUAUUGCACAUGUUUAAAAUGUACAAAUUCAUAGUAAGUCACUUGUACCAGAACUAAUCAUGCCAUUUUAAAAAAAAAAGUUUUUCUUAGUGUCAUUGAUACUAUUGUCACAUGUAUUUUACAGAUGCUGAUUAUUAGGUUUUUUUUCCCUAGCUUGUAUUUUUUAGAUAUGAUUGUUUCUUGAAGUUAACCUCUCUUACAUUUUUUUUGCACUAUGCUGCAAAGUAUAACAGGGUUUUUCUCUAAAUUAAGUGGCCAGAAAUCCAAAGUGAAUUUCAAAUUGUUAGGCCUAUAUUUUAAAAUUUACUGUGAAUUCCUUGCAAUACUCAUUUUAGUAACUGACCUUGUAAGUUUCAUUAGAGAGUAGGAGGUACACACCAAUGUACGUGGUCAGGUGUUUUUUGUUUUUGUUUGUUCCUUUACAAAAAUCAUAAUUUAGAAUGAGUGUUGUUACUUCAAAGUGAAAUGUGAUUUGAGGUUGUAUUGGUCUAUUUAGAGUGAAUUUACAUAUCCUAAACUACUCAUCUAUUUAAAAGUACUUCAAUAAUGUUUAUCUUUAUAUUUUUAGGUAUAUAAGAUUCUUUUCUGAUGGUUACAUAAUGAUGCUUACCACUCCAGAGGAGCCCCAAGCAAUUGUACCUCGUUUGCGAACUAAAAAUGCAAGGUAUUGUAAUGAUUCCUUCUGUUUGGCAUGUUGUAUCGCCAUGCCAAAUACAUCAAUGGAUACCUCAAAUUUAUAUAACUUAAAGGGACACUAUAGUCACCAGAACAAAUACAGCUUAAUGUACUUGUUAUGGUGUCUACAGAUUGUCUCUGCAGACUUUUUAAUCCAGAGAAAAGGCAUUGUUUACAUUACUGCUUCAGAACAUCUCUAGCGGCAUCUCUAUUCACUCAAACAGCCACUAGAGGUGCUUCCUGGGUCACUGCUGCAAAGUGUAAAGCACUGACGUUCAGUGUCUAAACGCUGAACACUCCCCAUAGAGAUGCAUUGAUUCAGUAGAUCUAUGAGGAGAUGCUCAUUGUGCAGCACAGCGUUUUGCUGCACACGAGUAUUAGCCUCCGAAUAUUUUCUUAUGGGAAAGCAUUGGAUUGGCUGAGAUUGUCAUGUUUGAUCUCGGCCAAGAAGACAGAGCUGGGUGGGGCUGGCCACAUCGAGGCUGACGCGUCGCUGGGAAAGUGAGUAAAACAUCUUUUUAAAGUAAGCAGAGGGAAGCUAGGAACCUAAACUGUAUUUUUGCUAGUGUCAGGAAUACAUGUGGAUUGAUACCGUCAGGCCCUGGAGUUUUGUUUAUAUUAACUUUCUUUAGUUGCUGCAGCACCUUGUCUUGAGUUAACCAAUUACAAUUAUUCUGCAAGUUUUUAGUAGCAAUCAUUUGCACAUCUAUUGCCAUGGGUUCUUCCUUAAUAUAUACGGAGGAGAAAUAGUUAUUUAAAAUUUCUGCCUUUUCCUGGUCUUCAUUAACUAACACCCCCGUUUCAGUUUUUAGUGUACCUACACUUUCAUUUUAGUUUUUUUUUAGAAUUUAUGUACUUAAAAAAUGCUUUGGGGUUGGUUUUGCUCUCUUUAGCUAUAAUUUUUUUCAUUUUGAAGUUUAGCAAGUCUAAUUGCCUUUUUGCAUGCAUUAUUUGCUUCCUUAUAUCUUUUAUAAGAUGCAUCUGAUUUGUCCGAUUUAAAUGCUUUAAAUGCCCUUUUCUUAUUUUUAAUCUCUUGUUUUACUUCUCUUCUAAGCCACAUUGGUUUUAAUUUGUUUCUUUUAUAUUUAUUACCCAAUGGUACAUGCUGAGAAAUGUACCUUUCUAAUAUUUGUUGGAAGAUGUUCCAUUUAUCCUCAGUGUUCUUUUCACUAAAGAGUUUAUGCCAGUGAAUAUAUUGUAAAGCUUCCCUUAAUGAAAUUGGCCUUUUUAAAAUUAUAUGUUUUAGUAUACCCUAUGUGCUUUUGUUAUUUUGUUUAUUUCAAAGGACACUAUAUUGUGAUCAACUAAUAAUUACUUGCUCAUAGGCAUAAAGGAGUUCACUUACCCCAUGUAUACAGUUUCACCAGUUGUAGACCUCAUUUGGUAAAGAUACUUUUAAUUUAUAGCUAUGUCUCUCUCGGGUUAACAUCAAUACAAAUUUAGCACACCCUCAAGAUUUAAGAUUAGUAAAUGCUCAUGUAUCGUGAAAAAUACACAUUUAUUAGAUCUUGCAAUCUUGGUGUGCUCAUUUUAGCAGAACUCAUGGAAAUUGUAUUAAAUGGUGCUGUUGUGUAAUAUUAUAAUCCAGUCACAAUAUGUAAAAUUUAUUAGGCUUAAUUUAAAAUGCACAAUUACAAAAAUUCUGCUCAUUAUCAUAUAUGAAUGUUAAGGCAGACAUUCAGUCAUUGCGUUAAAGAUCAGGCACAACUGAGCAUAAAACCUAUGGAUUUAAUUUUUUGUAAUUUUUUUUUUUUGUCAUGAUAUACUUGAUGCCCUGAUGCUCUCAUAUGUUACACAUUUGCUUCUAGUCUGCUGCUCUCUGUAACAAAAUAGAUGUUUUGGUUUUAUUCCCCUCCCAUGUAGAGCUGAUGCAGUGCUGUUUGGCCAUUACCGUCUGUCUCAAGAAACUGAUAACCAAACCAAAGUAUUUGCAGUGAUAACCAGCAAGAAGGAAGAGGUUGGUUUGGCUGAUUAGCACAUUAUGGGAAACAUACCACACUAUUCUGCAUCAUUUUAGUUUUAUGUUUUAAUAGAUUCUGGUCAAAAGAUAAUUAUUUUUUGUAGUUUAUCUUUUGACACAUGCUAGUGGUAAAUGACUGUGUGUUUGUGUGUGUGCUCGCGUACAUGUGUUUUUGUCACUCGUACAUAUCAAAUUUUAUAAUUCUAUGCUUUGCAGAACCAUAUGUAGAGACCAAAAUAUGGAUGAGGAUUCCUCAGCUAAUACUGGUGCUACCGUGGCUUUUAACCCCUUAAGGACGGCGGGCAUUCUAUGCCGUCCUUGGGGACCUGGUCCUAAACGCCAGCGGGCGGCAUAGAACGCCCCCGCCGUGCUAUCUACUUACCUGGUCGAUUGCGGUGGGGGAACUCACCUGGCAUCCCAUGGAGUCCCUCUGCUUCCGAUCCGGCCCUCCUGGGUCAUGUGAUCCCGAGGACAUCACGGAAUGACAGGCAGUCCCCCUGCUGGCUGUAAAAUGGAAAAUAAAAAAUCAACAGUUAAAAAUUAAAUAUAUAUUUAGAUCAUAUAUAUAUAUAUAUAUAUAUAUAUAUAUAUAUAUAUAUAUAUAUAUAUAUACACAUACACACACACACACACAUACACUAAGUGUAUUUUAAUAUAUUAUUAUAAUGCAUGUAGAAUGAUGUUGAAUAUAUAUAUAUAUAUUUAUAUAUAAUAAUAAAAAAAAAAAAUGUGUUAUUUUGUUCUAACUGUAUUGUGAUAUUAAUAUAUAUAGAUAUCAAAGUACACGUAGAACAAAAUAAUAUAUAUAUCUAUAUACACAGACUUCAGGUGGAAGGGGUUUUCAAUCAAAAUUUUUCCCCACCAUAACCUAUUUGGAUUUUGCUUCCCAAACUCUACCAAGCCUUAAUAAGCAAACCAGUAACCAACCUCAUGCUGAUGAGUUGCAUUAACAACGAAACAGCUGUCCAUGAGUGGUUCACUGGUUGUGCAUCUUUUUCUAUAUUGUGUUUCAAGCUGUUGCAUACAGCAAACACAGAUUAAAAGGAAUCCAUGUUUAAGAUGGAAUGAGGCAAAAAUGUGAUGUUUGUUAAACUAAUUUGCAUAUGCCCACCCAGAAUCCUUUGCGGUUGUAACAGCGCUGCAGUUUCUGUGGGAAAAGCAAGUCUUAUGGCUUGACUGGUGUGCAGAUUUUUGUUUAACAUUGUAUUAAUUAUAUACAUAAAUAGAGGAGUUGAGGGCUGCGCUGUUGGAUAAUAUACCAGAAGUCAAUAAAUAUAAGACAUGUAUUUACAAAUACUAAAAACUGGUGGAUUAUUUCAAGUUAAAAUAUAUAUGAAAAUAAAAAUGAAUAUGGUAAUAAUGUCCGUUCAGGUUAUCAAUAAAAAUAGAUAAAAAGUAGAGAAAUUCCAAAUGGGAUAAAAUGAAGUAAAAAACAGUCUCACUGAUAUCAGGUGUGAUUACAGUCCUCGGAGAUGGUUCCGUCCGGGUGAAAAGUGUCCGUUUAUGUGGAAAUAAGAAACACAAAGAGAACUGCCGAUAGUGAAGUAUUGCAAUUCCAACGAUAAAAAUUAAAUCAGAAUCAGGAUUUAGAACUCACAUUUGAUGGAGCUAUGACCAGCUCUGAGAUAAAAGGCACUCAGUGGUAUAAUCCCCACUUCAGGAUAUACUUAGAUGGUAGGUCCGUCUGUCCAACUUAGGUUCCGUCGAAUCUCAAAGGUAUAGGAAACAGCAGAUAGUGCUCUCAGUAGGAACAAGAAGAAAUAAAAUAAUACUCACAAAAAUAGAGCAGGAAAUACUGCUCUAUUAACACAGCGCUGAUGGAAUUAUCCCCUUGAGGAAGACCCUGUAGGGUCGAAACGUCGAUCGUAUGAUGUAACUUUUGUUUUAAUAAAUACGUAAGGAGUUAUUGUAAAGUCCUAAGAGUGCAUCUCUUAUUCCUUCUCUAUAUAUAAUAUCUAUAUAUAAUUUUAAAAAAUUAUAUGUAUAUAUGUAACAUUUUUACAUAAUUAGGCCAUUUUAUUAAUUACAAUUUGCGGGACCUGCCUGACAACCAAUGCCGAAAGUAUAGGGAAUUUAAUUUGCUAGCACUAUAUUUAACCCUAUAACUUUCCAAGACACCAUAAAACCUGUACAUGGGGGGUACUGUUUUACUCGGUACAGUAAAAUGUAUUACAACAAUGAUAUAGUCAGUGAAAGUGAAGUUUUUUGCAUUUUUCACACACAAACGUCACUUACUGACGAUAUUAUUGCUGUGAUACUUUUUACUGUUUUGAAACACAAAUAUGUUGUUCAGCGAAGUCUCCCGAGUAUAACAGUACCAGGUGUUUUCAAAAGUUACAGAGUAAAAUAUAUAAGGCUUGCGUUUCAGUUUUUUCACAUUAAAAUUCGCCAGAUUGGUUACGUUGCCUUUGAGACUGUGUGGUAGCCCAGGAAUGCAAAUUACCCCCAUGAUGGCAUACCAUUUGUAAUAGUAAACAACCCAAGGUAUUGCAAAUGGGAUAUGUCCAGUCUUUUUUAGUAGCCACUUGGUCCCAAACACUAGCCAAAGUUAGCGUUUGUAUUUGUUUGUGUGUGAAAUAAAACAAAUUUGAACGCUAAUUUGGGCUAAUGUUUGUGACUAAGUGGCUACUAAAAAAGGCUGGACAUACCCCAUUUGCAAUACCUUGGGUUGUCUGCUUUUGCAAAUGGCAUGCCAUCAUGGGGGUAAUUCUCAAUUCUGGGCUACCAUACGGUCUCAAUGGCAAUGUAACCAAUCUGGCGAAUUUCAGUGUGAAAAAAAUGUAACAUGCUAUAUUUGACCCUGUAACUUCCCAAAAUACCAUAAAACCUGUACAUAGGGGGUAUUGCUUUACAUGUGACACAUCGCUGAAUAGAAAUGUGUAUUUUAUUGCAGUAAAAGCAAACAGUAUUUUGACAUUCACAGUUAAAAUGUCACGUAUUACUUAAAAAAAAUUCUUAUUUUCUCCCUUUUAUAUUUUAUUCAUAUUAAAUUAUGUUUCAUAGUUAGAUAUUUGAUGUUAAAUGAAAGUCCCAUUUCCCCUGAAUAAAAUGAUAUAUAAUAAGUGUGGGUGCAUUUAAUAUGAAAGAAGUGAAUUACGGGUGGACAGACAUAUAGCGCAAAUGCCAGGUUUGGUUACGUUUUGUUUUGAUCACAACGUGUACAUUUGGCUCAGACCUUAAGGGGUUAAAAUGCUGUAGCAAAAUGUUGUUUUUUUAAAAUAAGUUAAUGAACUAGCAUCUGCCUGGGUUGAGUAGAUUUUUUAAUUUUUGCACACAGAAAAUAUUUUUUUUUUUUUAAAGGACCACUAUACUGCCAGGAAAACAUACUCGUUUUCCUGGCACUAUAGUGCCCUGAGGGUGCCCCCACCCUCAGGGUCCCCGUCCCGCCGGGCCGGAUGGCGAGGAAGGGGUUAAAACUUACUUUUUUUUUUCCAGCACCGGGCGGGGAGCUCUCCUCCUCCUCUCCGCCUCCGAUCCUCCUCUUUGGCUGAAUGCGCAUGUGGGGCAGGAGCUGCACGCGCAUUCAGCCGAUCUCAUAGGAAAGCAUUUACAAUGCUUUCCGAUGGACGCUGGCGUCUUCUCACUGUGAUUUUCACAGUGAGAAGCACACAAACGCCUCUAGCGGCUGUCAAUGAGACAGCCACUAGAGGCUUUGGAUGCUGGAUUAACCCUAUUCUAAACAUAGCAGUUUCUCUGAAACUGCUAUGUUUAUUUAAAAACAGGGUUAAUCCUAGAGGGACCUGGCACCCAGACUACUUCAUUAAGCUGAAGUGGUCUGGGUGCCUAGAGUGGUCCUUUAAAGAAUUCCUAGGAGUGGUAUUAUUUCCCUUUUUUAGGCCGACAUAUGUUUCCUAGUCUGCUUAUGUUCUCGUUUUGGAAGAGGGGAGCUAGAGGUUGCAAUGUGUUUAAGAUACAAGAGUUUUAUAUAUUUUUUCUAAGUAAUAGUGUUUGUAAAGUUUUGGCUGCAAUAUAUGUGUGGUCAUUUUUGAGGAAACAGUGGGAACUUUUUAUAAGCAAUUGGGGGCUGAAAUAUAUCCCAUUGUUUUCCAUUAUUAAAGGGUUACUUGAACUAAAAUCUGUGUGUAUUAAAAUAAAUCUGGUUUUGGUUGUAGUCUUAAUGGCACACCCCACAGUCUCCAUUGUAUUAUGGUAUAUUUUGUUUGUUUGUUUAGUAUACUAUUAUUGAUAGUUGGUAAAGUUCAAAAUCGUAUGAUCCUCUGAUAUUUUCUAUUGGCUAAUUAAAUUUCUUUUGCUGUGGACCAUACAGAAACAAACAGAAUACCAAAGGUAUCGCUAUUUCCGUCGCUCCCCAGUUCAGGAAACUGACCACAGCUUUCAUCUGGGGCUUCAAAUAUGCUCAAGUGGUCGCCAUAAAUUCAAUAAGAUAGUUUGGAUUCAUCAUUCUUGCCACAUUACAUAUAAGUAAGUAAAUAACCAACUUUAUUACCUUUAUGCUUGUAUGACUACAGCAUUUCCCAGAUUUUCUCUGGAACAACUCCUGUUUCAAAAGUUAGCUAUCAGUUGCAUUUGUUGUGCAUGUUAGCCUGUGAUAAAAUAAAUCAGUUUUCCCUUUAAGUCUAAUUAAAUAGUGCUGGUAGAGAAAGCUUUCCAACAUGCUUGUGUUUUCCUUGUUAACCUCUUAGCUAAGGGAGUUUCUUCAGCAUUUCACCCCCAUCCCCUUACAGACCCAGCUCAGUUUCAGACCAGUCCAUUGAUGACAGGAUGUUCUAAGGUGAAAAGAUCGUCCAACUGAACAUGUGUAAAUCUGUCAGGAAUGACCAAUGCACUUUUACUGCUUUCCUAGAGAUAGGACACUGGUUAAAUCAGUGUCCCCCUGGAGUGGGUGUGGAUGCAUGAUAAAGAAGAAGCAGCUAAAUAUGAAAAAAUAUAUAUAUUUACCUGCUUUUUUCAGCCUACAGAAUGAGGCAUGUGUGUCUUUCAUAGCUGUCUCUUUAAAUAAACUAUAUGAUGAUAUUGUCUGUUAUUGAUUUGCCAUACUGGAAUGUUAAAGGGAGCCUAUAGUACUAAAAAUAAGUUGUUUUGGGUGGGCUAUAUGUUCCCUUUUGUCCACUCUCACACAGUCCAAACACUGGCUUCUCAUAGAUGGAGUGGAGUGCAGUGUGCACUGAUUAGAUGUAAAAUAUGCACAGAUUUGACAUUAGACAGCCCAGAACAGAGUUAUAUGUUCUCUUCUCUAUACCAAAGAGCUCUAUAGUAUUAGGGAUACAGAUUUGUAUUUCUAAUACUAUAAAAUCCCUUUAACUAGAAGAUUUGGUCAAUGAAUAACCAGGGAAUAAAUUUUAGUGCAUCAAUGAAUAACCAGGGAAAUAAUUUCAAUUGCUCUCAUUGAAAUACAACAUCUUUUGUGUGCAAUACCUCUGUUUCUGGUAUUGUUUGUAUUUAUGUUUUGGUUUGGCAUUUAAAAAUAAAUAAAAAUAUUCUAUAAACAGGCUAUGGAAGUGCUGGUCUUAAUGUUCUGCCUGCUGUGCUAUUCUUUUCAGAUCAACUGGAGAAACUGCAGUGACAGCCUUUGACAUUGACAAGAUGUACACCCCGUUGUUCUUUGCCCGUGUGAAAAGUUAUACUGCAGUGUCAGAAAGGCCUCUUUAAGGUCUUUUUUGUUUUAAUGUCUGCAUGAAUUACAGAUAACCAAGCAUACACACUCUGAUUACUUUUUUACUUUUAUUGCAAGUGACAGUUGUUUUCUCUGAUAUGGCAAAUAUUUUUUAUUUAGGGGUUGGGAAAACCCACAUCUUUUUUUUCUUAUGCUGCAUUUUAUUUUUCAUAUAAUAGACAUUUUGUGCAUACUAUACUCUGGCAAUUGUAAAUAAUUUAAGAAGUAAACAGAUCACACACAUUACUGGAAAUUCGGGUGUUUGCUUUUUUUACCCUGAUAUAUUGCUGUAGAAAAGCUCACUAGCAAGGUCAUUUAUGUUCUCAGUUUAUAGAUUACAAAAAAUAACUUUUUGUUUUGCAGACUUAAAGCAAAUUUGUUCAGUUACUUUAGUCAUCACUAUAAAAGUGCAUUGCAUACUACAUACACAUUAUGCUUAUUGAUUUCCAAGGUAAUGGAAUGUUUGUUAUACAAUAUAUUUAUGAAGACAUUGAGUUAUUUAAACAUCUUAUGGCAUAUAAUGAAUGGAUAGUGGCAGCUGUAAUUAUCUCUGUAUCUGCAGGCACUAAGAUACUUGGUUCUCAUGUUUUCAGAAUGUGAUCAUUUUUUUUCUAGGGGUGUGGCUUAAGACCAGUUGGCUAUAGGGAUUUAUUUUACCAUACAUUAAGUUGCUUUUGAACUUUAUAUAUUAUUUGUUCCCUCAGUUACUGCACAUUUUCUGUUUCCAUCUUUGUACAAUAUAGUUAUGUUUAACUGACACAGUUAACCUUUAAAUAUAAUAGGUUCCUUCACAAAAUUGGUAAUUGUUAAUUACCUUCACAUGGCACAUGAUAGGCCAUAGUAGCCAAACUGAAAAAAUAUGAGAGUUGGAGAAUAUUUCCAGAUCUGCUAAGCAGGCCUAAAUAUGCACUCAUGUCAAUUCUUCAAAACCCAAGUUUAGCGACUAACCCUAUUUGCAUAUUGUGCAGGUUGCAUUUUGCAGACUGUAUAAGGCAAUGGACAUCUUCUGCUUUGACUGUUGAAUAGGUUAUAGCUGUUUGGUAGUUCAGAGCUUUUUAUUUUUACUCUGUGAGAGGAAACUAUAUACUAUAAAGCAUCGUGCUUCUAGUCCAUUCACAUGAAAGGAUUGAACGUUGUGUCCAUUAAAUUGCAUCAUAUUAUACAGCAAAGCUGUUACUUCUCAAGCACUUACAGUGUUAAACAUUCAUAAUUUAGAAUGACAUGACACGGAGGCCCUUCUCACUUAGAUUAAGCAAAUCUUUUAUGUUCUUUCUUUGUGGGGAACUAACACAGCUUGCUGUGGGAUAUACACCAAUUUUAAAUUUUUGGUUCUUGUAUGAAUGUGAAUGCUUUCUUAUAUGAAUGCUGCUUCCUAUGUUAUGCAUUUUUAAUGACAACAUAAAAUAUUGGUAAUUACACUGUAAAUAUAAGAUUAUAGAAUUAAUAGAAAGAAGAUUAAAUAUAAGUGGUUUAUUCACUAAACCUUUAGUUUCAGCUAUGUAACUUGAUAGAUGAAACUUGCUUCCAAUAAGGAGCAUUUAUGUAGCCCUAAGCAUAACCUGGCUUACAUGUAUUUAAAGUAGAACUGCCAUUAACAUAUGCGUAUAUUAGGAUCCCCUUAAUGUAUAACUUCUUCCAUGAUGUAUUGCUUUGAAAAUCUCAAACAAACAUUUCAAGUCUGACAUGGGGAAAAUACCUGUUGGUGUUUGUUGGUCCAGAGGGAGUUAGGUAAAGGCUGAUGGAAAUCAGUGUAACCUAUGUGAUAACUAUUGGGGAUAUAAGCUUCCACAGUGCCAAGCAUAUCCCAUAAUUAUUUACCUUAUGGUCAGACAGUAGGCAUAUUAUGAUGCUACACUUGGGUUUGGGGGUGAUAUAAUUGCAGUCUUCCAUACCUGCAGUUAAAUUUUAUCAUUUGCUUCAACAUAACUAUGGGAGAAAAACUCAUUAUGGGUAUAGUUAUUGUGGCUCUGUCACCUCAAACUUAAACUUCUCAUUGUAUUUUUCCUACACUUGGAAAUCUUAAAGGAUGGAGCUGAGGGCAAGCUUCAUCCUUUGUUAAAUAUGAAAAUUACAUACUUUGUCUUGUUUUAUAACAAAAUAAAUGCGACGUUAAGAAAGGACAGACUGAAUGAGGAAGACAAUACAAUAGGAGAAAGGUAAGUUUGAGGUGACCGACACUUUAAUUAAAUGCUGUAAGUUGUAGCAAAGAGGCUACCAAGCUUCAUAGAUGAAUUGCAUUGUCUGUAAAUUGAAACCAUGUCAUAUUUAUAUACAUCCUAAUAGAUGUUUAUAUCCGGAUAUGUCACCAUGAGCUUAUUGAUCCACACAGGUUUUCAGGUACCCAUGUAUAUGCUCAGCUGGCAAGUUUAGCACAAGUGGAAUUCAGUUAGUAACAAUGACAAUAAUUCUUAAGUUGCUACCUGGGAAUUAAACAAACAAAUCCCCAUUUCUGCUAAUUUGUCAUUUAGGGAAUAAACCACUUAUUUUGUAAAAUUAUUUCCAUGAAAAUUUGGUGAGAAAUUUAUUGAAAUUUUUUUAUUUAAUAUUGCUUGUUGCUCUGGGGUUAAAAAAAAAUGCUAUUUUAAUAAAGAGUUGAAUAAUUUCAAUUUUCUGUAACUGUCUGUUUUAAAAAAAGGUUGCAUUCAGGGAUUGUCCCAAUUUAAAUGUCCUAAUGUAACCAAAAUAUACAGUUUUGAAUGUGCUGUGCAUCAGGCUUUCCUUUCUGUAACGGUUACAUCUUCAAAUUGUUGAAAUUGUGCUUGACAAUAAAUGUUGUCCAUGCAAUUAAUGUUACAUGUAUUUGUCUCUCAUUUGUGGAGUUUGUCACCUGGCAAAUAAAAUAUAUGGAACAAUACGUGGCACACUGCAGUUCCUGAAUCAUGACUACUAAAGGAAUAUCUUGAUGUUGUGUAUAAAUGUCAAUCCUUUAUUUCUCCUUAAGCUCAUUUCAUGUGCUGCUAGCCCUAUUUCUUUUAACAUUGUUUGUUGGUUAUUUCAAUGGGUAGAUCGUGUUUUUAACCUCCAUGCUGCAUUAUUCGUGAUGCUUUCCUUGUAAGUAUGGGGAUAAAUUAAUCUGUGUCAAUACACAGAUAACUUCCAUGUAGUCUGCGGUAGGGGGACAUUUAACUACAGGUAGAAUAAGGACAUACAUUCCCCAGUCUAUCCACGUGCAUUAACAAGUCUUGAGAGCUCCUGACCAUGACGCAAGUUCACCAGUUGUCCUUCCUUACACCACUUUUGGUAGGUACUAACUUUGGCAUACUGGAACUCCACAGAAGACUUGCUGUUUUGGAGAUGCUCUGACUCCGUCAUCUAGCCAUCACCGUUUGGCACAUGUCAAAGUGACUCAGAUCUUUUUGUUUGCUAAUUUUUCUUCCUUCCAACACCAUAAAAAAGACUGACUUCACUUGUCAAGACUGAAUUUCUAUUCACCAGGGUAAUGGUUGCGUUGCGUGAAAUUUUAUAUAGUUACACACACUAUUGUGCAAACAUUUUAGUCAGGUGUGGUAUGCUGUAAACUUAGAAUGCUUUAAAAUAAAAAAUAAAAAUUUAGCAAUGUUAAUCCUUAAGGACUGAGCCAAAUGUACACGUUGUGAUCAAAGCAAAACAUAAAUAAAACCUGGAAUUUGA